AUUGGGAGUGCGCACGGCACAGUAGCGUGAUUCUGUAUAUAAACUAAGCGCGGGUACAGUGCUGUGAAACGCUGCAGUCCCGGUAUAUUUUUGCUCCUUAGUAUAAAUUCUACACUGUCCAUCAACAAAUCAGUAUCAGUCUGCCAACUCAGGAAGCUUUGUGCGUUUAAGUUAAACCCACGUGUAUUCAUCCACUGGCAUCAUGACCAAUAAACGAAAACGGCAAGAAGAUUUUCAGAAAGUAAAAUUAAAAGUUGGAAAGAAAAAGCCGAGAGCCAGCAAUGCCACCAACACCAAUUUUACUUCUAGAGCCAUUCACCUGAGUGAGCAACUGAAAGAAGACAGUGCACUUCCUACCACUAAGAAAAAGCUCAGCAUCACGGUAAGACGAUACCAUGUGUAACGUGUCUGACAGUUUAUUUAAAGGAUGGUUUCCUAUUCUCAUAACACGUUAAAAAAAAAAAAGUAAACUAAUCAGUUUACUCACUUUCCUUGUUAAGUGACCUUCAAUCAGUGAGUACAGCCUUUGAUUGGUUCUUUUUCUCCUAGCAGAAGAAAAAGCUUAGCUCAAGAUGUGUGUGUAGAUUAAUGUACGUGUUUUUUUUUUUUUUUGUUUGUUUUUUUACACAUUCUUUAUUUUGGUCUUCACACAAUUACAGACUGAAUUAGAACUUUAAAUUUCAUGAGGACAUUUAACAUCUUUGGUUUGUCUUACUUUGGUAGAUGGAGAUAAACCUCAGUUGAGUGCUAUAGAGUGACUACUGGCACAUACCUAAAAACUGCACAAUCAGGUAGUAGUGAGACAUAAUAAUAAAAUUGAACUAAAAAUGCAAAUACACUGGGAGUGUAUGGUACGAGUGGUAGUGUGUAACUGCGCAUUCUUUGUCAUGUGGUAUUGAUUAGCUAGUUGUCCAUCCUCAUUCAGUUGGCCGUAGGAGGAGGGUGACUUUUCCCCUUGGAGGGUCUGUAGGUUCCAAGACAGCCUCUGUGCAUUACUUUGCACCAUAAGUGGAGCAAUGUGCACCUGGCCCACCAGGGAGCUGGAUAAGGGUGAGGUGAAGAUGGUCUGUGAGGCUAAAGUACUAGCCAGGGAGCACCCAGAGAAGAACAUUUUAUUAAAUAAAACUAAGGAACAACAAAAAACUAAAGCAAACAGAAGACAUUAAGUGGCAUAGAAGGCCUGUCACAGUGGGCUGAGAUCAGGACCCCCGGGGCACAAAUGGGGUGACAGUCGUCGAAUCCCAGGUGUGGGUUUCAGGUGCAGGCCUUGAAGGGCGUAGAGAGUCCGGUGGGAGAUCCAGCGUUCCUAGAAGUGUCUUUGCCACCUGCAGGUUUUUUGAUGGGGUAAAAGGCUUCUCCAUGUUAUACCAUCAAUGUGUGAAACAUGUGCCACCGGCAUGUUAUGUGCGCAGGACGGAGGUAAAUGGUUGGAGGGAUCUCCACCAAGCCAUGGUGCCACCUGAGAGAGCUGCAUAGAAGGUUAAUGCCCCUUGUCUUGCCAAGUCCUUUCGCUGGUUUGGGUAUCCGGAACAUUCCAUCAAGGUUUACUGAUUUCACCCGUUUUAGGGGGCAGCGUAGCACCCAACAGGCGGUGCAAGAAAUGUGGCAACACCGCCUCUCAGAUUGUCUGGUAUGCCGCGGAUCUUGAGAUUCUUGCUGCGGUGUGUGUGUCCUCCAGUGCCGCAAAUCGUUGCUCAAAGGCUUGGUUCUGCUAUUGUAGAGACUGCACCUCUUGUUGCAGGUGUACCACCUGUUGCAUAUUGCUCCUUGAUUCUUGCAAUAGGACUCACAUGCGGCCGUCAGGCACCGGAUAUCUUUCCGGAUGUCAGCCACAUCGGCCUGGAUUUUCGCCUGAGGUCCACCAGCAAUUCCUGCAUGACUGUCUUUGUAACCGGGGAUGGGUCUGACUGAUGCAGUGUCGGCACAGUCACCAGCGGGGCAGGUAAGUAUGUUUCUUGUGUACCCAGCGUGGGAUCAUCAGAUAUGUCUGAUUCUUCGAGGUAAGCGCCUAUCUUUUGAUCAAGGCCACUGCGUGCCUGCCUCCAGAGGUCACCGAUGCUUUUGCCCGGUUUAGGCGGUUCUGGCGUUUUUUUUUUUUUUUUGGUUUUUUUUGGUUUGUUUUUUUCUGCCCGUCUUGAUGCAGCCACUAGGGACAGCUAAGUGUCACCCAAAAUUGUUGGGUAAAAGUCACAAAAUAAGGGUAAAGUAGCUGAUUUUCAUGGAGCUCAUUGAGGUUGUGACUGUUCAGAGUAGCUGACUGGCUCCGCCCCCGUGCUGUAGUUGUUAUGGUGUAUUUAGAGCCCUUUAAAGUAGCUCUGUCUCCUUUUGUGGUCUUUACUAGGGAUCGACCGAUAUUGAUUUUUCAGAGCCGAUACCGAUACCGAUAUUCUGUGAACUUUCAGGCCGAUAGCCGAUAUAAUUUGCCGAUAUUCUGUACAUUUACCAUUUUGGAAAAUAAAAACUAUUUCUAAAGGUAAAUGCACAAAAUAUACAUGCCACGUGUAGUGGAUGCAGUGUGACAGGGGAACUGUGUGUGUUUGUGUAGUGGAUGCAGUGUGUGUUUGUGUAGUGUGUGUGUUAUGGAUGCAUGUGUGUUUGUGUAGUGUGUGUGGAGGAUGCAAUGUGUGUUUGUGUAGUGGAUGCAGUGUGUAUUUGUCUAGCGUGUGUAGUGGAUGCAGUGUGUAUUAGUGUAGUGUGUAUAUAAUGAAAGCAGAGUGUUUGUGUAGUGUGUGGGUAGUGUGCGUAAAGUGAAUGCUGUAUAUACUAAAUGCAAAGUGUGUGUGUAUAUAAUGAAUGCAGAGUGUGUGUGUGUAUUUGUGUAGUGUGUGUAUAGUGAAUGUAGUGUGUUUAUAUAAUGCAGAGUGUGUGUUUGUAUAGUGUGUGUAUAUAAUGCAGUGUGUGUUUGUGCACACACACACAAACACACUGCAUUAUAUACACACACACACACACACUGCAUUAUAUACACACACUACACAAACACUGCAUUAUAUAAACACACUACACAAACACACACACUGCAUUAUAUACACACUGCACAAACACACUACAUAAACACACACCGAAUUAUAUAAACACACUACACAAACACACUGCAUUAUAUACCCACACUACACAAACACACACUGCAUUAUAUACCCACACUACACAAACACACACUGCAUUAUAUACCCACACUACACAAACACACACUGCAUUAUAUACCCACACUACACAAACACACACUGCAUUAUAUACCCACACUACACAAACACACACUGCAUUAUAUACCCACACUACACAAACACACACUGCAUUAUAUACCCACACUACACAAACACACACUGCAUUAUAUACCCACACUACACAAACACACACUGCAUUAUAUACCCACACUACACAAACACACACUGCAUUAUAUACACAGUGUGUUUGUGUAGUGUAUGUGUAUAUAAUGCAGUGUGUGAGGGGGCAUUUUUUAUUAAAUUAUUAAAAAAAAAUUAUAUUUACUUUAUUUAUUUUUGUUGUCCCCCCUCCCUGCUUGUUACCUGGCCAGGGAGGGGGGAUAUAGCAGUCCCUGGUGGUCCAGUGGUAUUGGCUGAGCUUUAGGGGGGCGGAGACCAAGCGCUUACUCACCUCCCCGCAGCUCCUCCAGCUCCCCAGUGCAACUCUCGCAGCCAGCGUGUCGCGCGGAGCGUUGCCAUGGUGAUCCAUGGCAACGCUCUGACGGCCGCGGGUCUCGCGAGAGUUGCACUGGGGAGCUGGAGGAGCUGCUGGGAGGUGAGUAAGCGCUUGCUGCCCGUCCCCCCAGGACCGCCGGGCUUGUAAUGAGCCUGGCGGUCCUAGGAGGUAUUAUCGGCAAUAUCGGUAUCUGAAUUGGCCGAUACCGAUAUUGCCGAGAAUACCGAAUAUCGUCCGAUUAUAUCGGUAAAACCGAUAAUCGGUCGAUCCCUAGUCUUUACAUUUGGUGUAUCGCUUGGAGUGCGAUGGCGUAGGUUACAGCAGAGAUGCUGACACCGCAAUUUCCGCCAUCUUCGAUCUUCAGCUCCUGUCAUGUCAUCCUCCAGGAGCCCCAUGUCGGUGCUGUACUCUUGAACAUGUGCAAGAGUACAGUACUGAUGUCUAUGGAGGAUCCCACAGGAGCUUCCAUAGAAAUUAUCUGGAAAUGCGCAAGGCAAUGUCUUAUUCUAAUAGCCCCCACUAGCAUCAACUGUGGGAGGUAACACAAUUUGUCAAGUUUUUUCAACUUAAAUAUUUAUCAUAAGACAAAGUAGUCCCUGGUGUCUCAUUCUACAGGCAGAAAAAGCAGGUAAAUAUGAGUUUUCUUUCCACAUAUUUGCCUGCUUCUUCUUUUCUGCGUUUGCCAAGCCUACCACAGGAGGAAACUGAACUAACUAAUCAGUGUUUUAUCUCUAGGGAUCAUGGGGAAAUCACAAAUGCAAUUAAAAAUCUUGCAACAAGGACAUGCGCUUACCAUAACCAUCACCUAGGCAACCAACUAAAACAUUCUGGGUUGCAAUGAAAGUGCCCAGCUGCUGGGAACAUGUGAAGCUGAAAUGGGAGGUUUAGUUUGUGUGCAACACUGAGGAAGGGGUAAACUGCAGACACUCCCUCAGCUGAUAGGCGUGCGCAACAGUGCUAGCUGAGGGAGUUUAUAGUGAAGUUUUAUAAAAGUUUAUGCAGAAAGAUAAGUCCUGUGCUCACUCCCAUCACUACUGGGCAGCAGCAAAGACUACAGUACACAUCAGCCCCAAUAUAUGGUAAAAACCAAAGGAAAACAAGUUACCUGUGCUCUCUCCUUAAUCUCUAUGUAUUUUUAAACAAAUGGAGGUUUUAGUUACUUCCAACAACCAUGAGAGGAUAAGCCCACCUGCCAACGUCAAGGCACUCUACUGUCAGGUGACGUCGAAAGGGACGGAGCACCGACACAGUUACUUUUUCCCCCAAAAAAGGGAGGGGGUGACAGAGUGACUGAGGGAGGGGGGUGUAACGGCCACCCGUGAGUGGAGGGUGUAACGGUCACCUGGCACCCCGACUGGGUACUCCGCCAAAAGACUACUUCCUAGCUGGAACAGGGGACAAACCACAGCCUCUUGCCCGCCUCUUGCCCUCAGUCGCCGUAGCUUGACUGGGUACCUGUCACCUCCUUCCUGGCGCUGAAGGGAAAAUUAGCUCUGACACCUCCAGGCACUGGAUGACACUCAGUCCUGGAAACUCUGGAACCCAAUGGGGAAUUAGCUCUAGUCCUUACAAGGACUUUCCCAGUUGAAUCUCCUGUAAGCUGGAACUGCAGUCACAGGAGCAAAUCUUCUUUCCCUCCAAUAACUGGACGACACCGUUUUGGAGUGUAAGCAGGAAUCUCAAGUUUAAUGGGACACACUGGCCUUUUAUACAAUUUUCCAGGCCAGAGGAACACCCCCUGGCCUGAUGGUACACAGGAACACAAAGGACAUAAACCAAUCGGAACAAACAUACAGUCUGUGACAUGCCCAUGUACAGCAUACAAUCCCUUCCCUCUGCUUAGGAGAUAAUUGAGUAAAGUCCUGUAAGUAACAAUUAUCUCCAGGCAGAAAAAACACAUUUUCACAAAGUUCAGAAAGUACCCCAAAAUCCAACAUAGUUGGAUCAAGUUCAGCCUUCCUCACAUUUGUUCUUUUUGCUGUUGAUCCAAAAGAAGGCAAAAAACCCAGUUUGAAGCACUUCCAAUUUUGCAACAAGCUAGGAAAAAAAUUCCUUCUUGACCCCAGAAUGGCAGUCAGUUUUAUCCUUGGAUCAAGCAGUUAUUACCCUAUAACAUCUCCCCAUGGGCAUGCCGCGGCCGGCACUGUCACUACGUGUCACCAGGGGUUGUUUUCUGGCCAGCUCGUUACCAUAGCAGCGUUCCUACUCAGAAGGUGGCAGUCUAACUUUCGUCAUAAGUACGGGCUCACCUACGCACUACCAGCCUCAUCAGUCAGGCAUGCAGGUCAUAGACUAGCACGGUGCCACGCUCACCACUCCGAGCCACCACGAGGUCACGUUACAGUGGUUUAUAGUUUAUAAUAACCUUGACAGUGGCACAACGCUCCAACACGGGGAUAUACAAUUAUGUUUGAAUGGUUAAUUAUAUUAUAUAGUGCAUUAAUUAUUGGGCAUAUUCAUAUUGAAGUAAGCUACAACAUUACUUUUGAUAAUUGUAGAGAGUUGUUCCGCUGCGCCAUGUUGUGUUGCUGCUUAUGCCGAUAUUUUUGUCAUAUUUUGUCAUACAUGUCUACUUUCAUGGUUAUAGACCUAGUUACAAAGCAAGAAGUGUUCUGUUUUUAACUGGUACGGGUAUUUUGUAUCAGGGACAAGUUCUCAAGUCAAGCACUUUCACUAUACUACCAUAACUUAUUCUGACAUAUGUUACAGACUCAACAUGCCAAGCUUAGACAUGGAAACAUGGAAUGUGACGGCAGAUGAGAACCAUUUGGCCCAACUAGUCUGCCCAAUUUUCUAAAUACUUUCAUUAGUCCCUGGCCUUAUCUUAUAGUUAGGAUAGCCUUAUGACUAUCCCGUGCAUGCUUAAACUACGUUACUGUGUUAAUCUCUACCACUUCAGCUGGAAAGCUAUUCCAUGCAUCCUCUACCCUAGACAGACUUGGCUCAUCAGAUCCUACAGUAUAUGUGACAUUCCUGAACAAUUCUUACGUCUUACAAGGUAUUGGUAGGUGACCGUAGCGUAUGCAAAUAAUACGAUCGUGGAGGAUUUUCAGCUGCGGCAUGUCACUACUAACUCGUAAGUACCCAAUGCCUUCCAUUAUGUCAUCCAUAAUCUGGUUUAGGCCUUACCCUUAGCAGAAUCUGACUACUGCAGAACACAGAGCAUACAUUGUUCAUACAGGUACGUUGCUCCCUGUUCCUUUUACACUGAUUUAAUAUAAGUUAUCAUUCCAUAGAGGCGAGUUGGUAUGACCACCUAGGUAUUUCUCCCAGGCACCUCAUGCCUUAGAGAUAGAGGUCCUGCGAGGCCAACACCCAUCCUCCACGAAAGAGGUAACAACGCCCCACGGGCCAAAUUCAUAGCUAGACGCCUUGCAUGUUGCAUAGCAAGGGAAUCACUCGUUACACCCCUUCCGCAGAUCAAAGACUCAUCCCUUGUAAGCCAACAUCCAGCAGAUCAACCCCUCGCGCCAACCAUAGUUAGAGCCGACCCAGCCGCUUGGCAACCAGUAGGGACUCACCAGUCACCAGUCUAACGAAUUGUUUCGCCACUUUGGCACUAGUUAAAACAUCUGUAUACACCCUCAAGAGGAACUCAUGAUUCCUACAUAUACAUUUCAGUAUGUCCCAAGUUCCAGAAGAAGGAGAUGACCUUUCUAUUUCAAGUACGCCAACUAGGACUGCCGUCCCUAUAUGAAUAGGGGACACCGGCAGUCCAUCUUCCAUUAGAUCAUGGUCUAUCACACGAAUCAUGGCCAAAUUACGCAGGGCAGCACACUCUUGACAACUACUGCCCGCAAAGAACUAUUCAGGCAAAACGAACCAAUAGUAACACAUCAGACACGGGGGAAGGCACAAGCAAUGACACCUGCAUACCAGGUUUGCUUCUGGAGUAACGUCCAUGGGACAGAUGAACAAUAGACUAGAAACACGGUAAGCCCGUAGCUGUCCAGUCGCGAAAAAAAAAAAAAACACUCGCAACUGAUAUUCCGGCCUCUUCCCAUUCACAACCCGGUAAUUCUAAUAUGCCCAUUAUCUUAGGGCCCUUAAGUCAUUACUCCGUCCAUAUGGGCCGGCAAACCUCAUGAAAGACACCCUGGAGGGCAAGGACAUUGAUCUCGUCUCACUUCUCAUUGCCUCACAGGAUGUCACAGCAUACAGCUCAUGCCCCUUAGGUGAUAUCUCAGUGGUCCUUAAGGCCAGAGACACUAGACUGGAAAUUAUUCAUCAGUAUAGUCAUAACCUUCUUGGUCUUGUGGCAGUACAGACAUUACUGCAUUCCACAGGUCUCAGCCUAUAUGCCUGGCAAUUGUGUCCUGUACGUAUACCCUCAGGUUAUUGGACUCAGCAGGUAUAUAGUAUAUUUAGUUAUGGCAUUUCAGCACCUCUAUCAUGUUCCCCGUGUCGACCCUACAACGCUCAUAUGUUACGCUGAAAGUUGCUGUACGAUGUCAGUAUGAUCAUAGUUCAAUUAUGGCUACGCUGUCAUAACGAGUAACUUUUUAGCUGAUCUAUAACCGAAAAAAACUACUAACCUUACCCCAUUAAAUUCCACUCAGACUUACCCUCCCAAUACCACAGGAACUACAUUGGGCCUUUUUUAACCUCUUAUGCAUAGUCCUCACUCAAAGCCAUCUAUGGACCUUGGCAACAUACUUCAGGUAACCUUAGUGGACAACUACGUCUUAUUUGCAACCCCUCAUUGGGGCACUAAGUUCACAUACCAUCUGGCUGGAAUGUAUAAGUAAAGUUCAGCUAUCUUACAACGUUCUACCUGUAAGCAACAUCUUAUAGUAUUAUACAUCUGCUAUAUCUUGCACGGUCCGCAUAAGGCUACACAGUAGCUCUCCUCACGACCCUACCUACACGGCCUACUCCUGGCCAAAAGUACAGAAUGUAAUAAUUCCGUCAUAACUGACGUUCUCCUUGCCUCUCUUAUUUUACUACUUCAGUCUAACAUAUUGUCAAUUUACGACGCGGGCAACAUGCCACAUACAUUAUGAUUUGUACUGAAUUAUCAUGUGGGGCAUUUAAGUUUCCCUGGGUCGACCUUACUAUUCAGCUGCCAUCGUGCUUACAUAGCCAUUCCAUACUGGACUAUUCCCACGUCACUGCCGCAUAUUAGACCAGCUCAUACACAUAAUAUGUAUACCGUCCUUCCCUGGCUAUGUGACUGCUCGGCAACCAGGGUACGAGUUACCACAUUAGCCAGGCAAGUUCCAUGCCUAUUGUACGGCCUUACCCAACACCCAGGCUUUUAAGUAAUUACAGCUUACAGGGUCAACCAUUACCUUAUCAUACCACAGCCAACUUUUAUUCACAACCACACUCUUUACACGUUACAAACGUCCCACCAAAGGGCUAUCCACUUUAGCAUAAUAUAGGCCCCCCCAUGUGGGCUAUUACAUACAGCAUGGAAAUUACAAUUUGACAUAAGUUUGCACUUAUUCACAACCUACCACAGCAUGCCUCUACACGUGGCCCUCAAUAGGCCAUAACUCUCAAGUUACAGACGACCCACUGCGGGCAAUCCACCACGACUCAAUUCGGCCCCACAGUUGAGCAGUUACAACUAGAAAUGUCCCACAUACUUCAUACACUCUUCUUAGGUUCUUCUAGCAGAAAGAUGCCCAGUGGGAGCUCACCUAGGCUAAAUAUAUUUAGGUCUCUCUUCCUUAUACAUAUAUAUGUCUUUAACUAGGUUCAUCCACAUAUGUAGUUGCCCCGAUGCAACGGCUUACACAGAGCUUGCUGUAACCUCAGGGGACAGUUGGCUAUGAAGUAGGUGGCAGACGAAGUAAGCCAGAUCGAAAGGUUCCAUAAGAACUCUGCACGCUUCAAGGUAUAUUCCAUCAUAGCCGCAGCAGCAACAUGGGGUCAUUCAUGGGCAAGCAGACCGGUUCAAGGUCUCUGACAAUUUGUCAAUGGGCCACAAAAUAAACCAGUCCGGUCUGGUAUCCCUUAUUAUGAAUUCAUCAGACGAAUAACGGAGGGGAAGCCUGUCACCAAUUUUUAUCUGGUAUGUUACCACGUACCAGGCACUUACAAUACAGCUGCUGACCAGUUAUCUAGUGUUUAGUUUCAGGCGUUCAGGAGGUCAAUAACAACUGCCUCACCUAUGGCCACGAUCGCUCCCCAACUCGAAUAAUUACCUAUGGAAUAGUAAAGUGGCUAAGUCUCAGCAGGAAUUUACACAGUUGGCCCUCAAAGAAUACGCACACUGCAUGACAGAGCUUACGGCAUAUAUCAAAGGUCAUGUCAGACCACCACCUUACAAACUGAUUCAAGAAUACAACGUUGGGGGGCUUUCGCCAUUUUUUGCCACAUCAAACAAAUGUCACACAACACCAUUAAGUUAUAUCUCCCGGACAUUCAACACCACAUGUUUUCAUUUCCGUUCCAGUACCAACACUUUACUUAGUCUACCUCAAUACAAAAAGAAAACGGCCCGAUCCUCCUUCUCUUACAGAGCACCGCAGUUGUGGAACGACCUCCCGCACAAUUUAAAAUCAUCCCUAAGCCUAAAGUCCUUUAAGAGAUCACUCUCUACAUACAUCAAAACAGAAUGCACCUGUCAUGGUUGAUUAUAUAUUUCCUACCUGUUCUAUGUUAAAUUUUGUAUUUAUUGUGUAUUAAUAUUGUUUUUGUAUUUUAUUGUACCCUAAUGUAACAAUGCAAUUAUUUGUGGACCCAGGACAUACUUGAAAACAUGUAUCUUUCCUGGUAAAAUAUUUUAUAAAUAAAUAAUUUACAAACACCAUGCUCAAACCACCAUAUACUUGGUGUGACAAAGUGCCCUUCGCCACUUGUGCCUGGAGAGGACUGCUUGCCCGCCUCUUGCCCUGUGACUAUGGAUCCUGGGAGAUUUGGCCCGUUCAAUUCAGUAUGAUAGGAGUUAUGUAUUUUUGUAUCCUUUUGUGUUUUACUGGGAACAUGUGCUCAAUGGAGUCUGCUUCUAUCCCUGGAUAAUUGGAUUACUUUCCCCAUUGUCUCCAGGCUAGAGGGCUCUGUAAAACCAGUUUGGGCCAGAUAGCCAUGCUGCCAGCCAGGCCCCAAAAGAUACUUUACUAACUUAUGAACCCCUGGUCUGAUUCAUGCCAUUUUUUUGAUACGUUGUUUCCCUGAAUGGAUUGAUUGUGAAUAUAUAAUUUUUAUAUGAAUGUGAUGUAUAUUUUAGAAGUUAUGAAUGCUGUAAAAACUGUAUUUCUGGCCAGCAGAUAAUUGAGCUUUGUGUAUUGUAGAAACUCAAUUAUCUAGCCUGGCCCAGAAGAGGAGUUUUGUGUUGCAUAAAUUGUGAGUUCUGUGUGCCAGUAAAUCAGUCUUGUUCCAGCAUUAAGCCUUGGCUCAUGUUUGGGGGAUUGGAGAAAUACACUCUGGGGAUUGCUAUAAUCACUAUACUCCCCAGGGUAUGAUCACUAAGUUCUGCUAAGAGCUUGUUCCUGUUCCUGCCCUCUGGGGAAAGAGAGGUUCACCCACUGGAAGCUGUAUCCUGGCCUUGGGUCCAGGGUGGGUGGAGACAGCAGAGACCCCGGCGCAGUUGCAUCGCUGGAAGUGGGGUCUGCAGUUCUGAUGGUGUCGAUUGGACACCGGUAACGUGUGGAGUUACGGAUUUAUAAUUUAGGGCGUGUGUGUGUGUGUGUGUGUGUGUGUGUAUAUAUAUAUAUAUAUAUAUAUAUAUAUAUAUUAUAUAUUUCAUACUAUACUGAAAUAUCCCCUACCACAAAUCUAAAUAAAUAUGUAUGUGUGUGUGUGUGUGUGUGUGUGUGUGUGUAUAUCUAUUUCAUACUAUACUGAAAUAUCCCCGACCACAAAUCUAAAUAAAUAUAUGUGUGUGUGUGUGUGUAUAUAUGUGAGUAUGUGUGUGUGUGUGUAUAUAUAUAUAUAUAUGUGUGUGUGUGUGUGUGUAUAUGUAUAUGUAGGGGACUUACUCCUUCCACAAAUUCAGGCCUAAUGGCCUUUCUUCUUGUGCUCGGAAUUUAAUACGUAAUGGAUAGUAUCUGUAAGGACAAAGUUGGCUGUGGUGUGCCGAAACCAACGUACGAGUGGGCCUGUAAAUAAGAGGGCAAAAGAGAAGUUCGAGAAAAUACACACUUUAUUGCCUUUUUACAUAACCAAGUUCCUGAAAGCUUGACGAAGCUCUUUUUCUGGUCGUGGAAUAUAAGUAUGGUAUAUGGAGGAUUUCCAUCACUCCAGUCUCUUGAUGAUGUGGACCGGUGUAUUAGUGCUGGAGGCUGAAGAGGCGGCUCCCACGUGAAAGGAGUGCCCGGAGAAUGAAGUCGGAUUUAAACCCAGUUUAGAUAAGUGUUCUGACGUGAGACGUGAAUUUAGCAAUGUUAAGUGGGUGCCCUUGUAUUGAUAAGAGCGGAGAGUCUCGUAAGUGCGCGUGAAGGGUUGACCGUAGGUGGUCUAGCGCCUUGACCGGACACCAGGCAUUAUCAGUAGGGAAGAGCGGAAUUACAGUGGGGUGUAGUGAAUGUUUGGUUUUAGUUGACUGGAUCGAAAGUAGAUAGUGAUCCUCCACCUUUGUGAGGUGCGAUGUUUUUAGGCUGUGCGUGAAAUCCCCUUGACAAACAACGGUGAACUCUCUAGGUCUGAGAAAACCGUAGAAAGCAAGAUAGCUGCUUUGAUCACCAGGUUUGUGUCGGGAUCUAAUGGGGAUUCAUCAAGGAGAUUGCUAAGUGAUCUGUAGAUAGGCCCAUCUAUAGGUAGUCUUGUGAUAGUGAGAGGAGCUGAAACCUUUAACAUACCUUUCAAUACCUUUUUAAUGGGAUAUGAUGACAAGAAGGGGGUGUUAGGAAAAUUUGUGAGGCUAUGGUGCUGCACCCCGGUGAGAGAAAGUUUUAUGGUGUUGUGGGAAAGUUUAAGAUGUAAGUGGCAGAGGCAAAAGCCACCAUGGUUUGUAUAGAAAGGUCGCCUUGUAAACCGAAUUCUGCAGUGAAUUUGUUAAAUAUGGUAAGUGCCCUAUUAUAAGAGAUAGCUGUUAGGUGAUAGUGCUUGGUGAGUGAGAGUCCUAGCGUGAUGCAUUAGUGUGCUCAGUCCAGGAUUAGUUCGUGAAACUGUGGUGUCCUGGAUGGCUGGUGGUGAGCCGAAGGGAGUGCCUUAGAGAAUACCUUGAAUUGAGAGCGAGAAAGAGCAUCAGCUGCAGUGUUGUGGAUACCCAGAAUGUGAAAAAAAAAUAAGUGAAACUGACCGGUUGCUGCUAGCCAGGUCAGCUUGCGAAUCAGCUGCAUGAUGGUCAGGGAUGAUGAGCGCCCCUUGUUAAUGAUUUCGUCAGCUGCCGAGUUGUCAGAGUAGCAUUUUACUGCCUUGCCGGACCAGAGAUGACCCCAGGUGUGUGCGGCCGCCACAAUGGGAUAGAUUUCAAAUAGGGCUGAGGUCUCCCUGAAUCCUGGCAAGGCAUCCGUCUCAGCGGGCCAGUGACCCCUAAACCAGUGGUUCCCAAAGAUGGCUGCGAAACCAGUGCAGCAUCUGUGUGAAUGAUGGGUGAGGAAGUGGAGAGAGGGGGGAUAAACAUGGAGAUACCGUUCCACUCUGCCAAAAACUUCCCCCACAUAGCUAAGUCAGCCUUGGCGUGGGGGUCCAAUGAAACUGGGCAAGAGUCCGGUACCCCGUGGAGCAGGCAAAGAAGCCUGGAUAUAAAAGACCUUCCCUGCGGGAUGAUGCGCAUGGCGAAGUUCAGGGAUCUCAGAAGGGACUGGAGUUCCUUCCUGGUGCAAACAUCAUUCCACAGGAACAUGUCUAUCUCCCCUCUCAAGCGGGUCAGUUUGUCAUGGGGAAGGCUACCUCUGAGGGUAACGGAAUCUAGCUCUAUCCCCAAAAAGGUUAAUUUAGUUGUGGGACCUACAGUAGUUUUAGAUGGGGACAAAGGUACUCAAAGUGUGGGAAAAAGUGCUGUAGUGCGGCAGAUAGCGGUGGGUGUUUGUGCCCCUGGCUCUAUCAGUAGGAAGUCGUCUAGGUAGUGAAUAACGGAGUGACACCUGAGGACGUUCAGAAGCAGCCAGCACAGUGUCCCAGCGAAGAUAUCGAAAAGUUUGGGGCUGCUUCGAGAACCGAAAGUGAGUUGUGUGGAGAAGUAGUACUUUCCUCACCAUUUAACACCGUGCAAGUGCCAGAGUGAGGGGUGCAUGGGUAGUAACUUAAACACGUUUGUGAUGUCUGUUUUGCUGAGCCAGGGGCGAUUACCAGAAGAGAUGAUGGCCUGUAUUGCGCCGUUAAUAGUUACGUACUGGAGUGAGAAUUUGUCUGCUGGAAUGAGUACGUUUAUGCUGGGAACAAAAGAGGAGUGCGGUGCCGAUAAAUCGAUAAUUAGACGUUUUUUAUUUGAAUAUUUGUGAACUGCGACGCCGAUUGGGUUAGUGCGCCAGGAAGAAAAAGGUGAGGAGGUGAACGGCCCGAUCAUGAAACCUUUGGUAAUUUCAGAGGAAAGGAGAGUGUCUGUGGAAACUGAGUCUAGACGUGCUGACAGGAGAUUAGGACAUUCAAGUGUACCUGAGGGGAUGGCUACUAUACCCAUGAGAAACACCUGUGUGAACCCUGUGGUCAGAUAUUCCACCAGGUGCCUGCUAGGGUGUGACCUUAAGUAAAAAAACAGGUUGUCGACAUUAAUGUCGGUUAGUCAUUUGUUAGGGGACAACCUGGCCGGACACAUGGUCUUGGUAUGUGCCCUGAAGCAAAUGGAGCAGAUGUGCAAUAAUCUACAUGCGCUGAAACUGCAAGAGCCUGCGUUGAAAUUAUUGCACACCUGCGCCUUGCCUAAAAAGGAGAUGGGCCUACCCAGCUUGUCACGUAGACCACCUGUUGGUUUGUUGUGAGGGGUGAAAGAGGUAUGAGGGGUGGGAGUGGAGGUGGUGGGAUCUGCUUCAGAGGGACAUAAGUCCGCCAUGUGGGAUGUGGAAUUACAUAUGGAACAAGACGGGGGGCCUGAGACCAGCGAAGUGGCGACAGAAUAGUUCUGUAUCCAUCUGACACCAGUUAAUUCUAACGUUGAACUGUUUCAGAUGGGUCGCCGCCUUCGCUGAUACUGACUUAUGAUAGUUGUAGAAAGAAGAGCCCCCGUACUUGAUGCCUAAAUCCACCACCUUGUGGAGGUAGAGGUCUAGCUCUUCUCUUCUGUGGGGAGACACCGUGCAGAUAACAUCACGGUAUAUCCCAAAGGCAAUCACGAACUGAGGUAUGGUUAGUUUUUUGUUGAGUCUGGGGUCUGUAGUCUUAAGCACCACUGAGAUGUCCCUGUAAUUGUUUGCCCUGUUCUCCAGCAUGUCUUGGGAUGCUAUAAGCAGAGACACCAGACACAUGUCUUUCCCAUCUAGGAUUUCUUUCCUGAUGGAGUCUGGGACGGAGUGAGCUGGUGACUAAAAGGAGAAAUAGCUGUGGCUGGUGCUGGAGAAGGGAAUAUGGGGGGGCAUGCGGGGACAGCCGGGGUGGAGACUGGGAGGCCCGGGGUAUUACCUGGGGAGGCGAUGGCGCUCUCCACCUUAGCCUGCUAUUAAGGGUCUGUAGGUUGGCCAAGAUUGCUGCCAGGGUAUCCUGGGUUGCCGUGCCAGUGCUUGGUGGCUGUCCUUGAGAACUAGUGCUUGGCCUAGGCUCAGGGGCUUGGUAGGUAAGCAGCCUGUAAAGUUCUGCCUUUCUAGCUGUGGCUGGAAAGGAGAUUCCCCUGAGCCUUAGCUCGGCCGUAAUUUUGGGAAUAGUCCAUGCUCUCAAGGACGUGGGAGUUGAAGCGGUGAGAGAUUCGCCUGGAGACUCUGGUCUGGUUGGCGUAAACGGUAUCUCUUCUGGCAGUUCUUGGAUGGGGAUUGGUUCUUUGGACAUUCUAAAAGAAAUGAUUUUGUGAAUGAGAUAUUAGAAGGGUGAGUAAGGAAACGUGGGGGGGAUAUGAGGGAUGGUAUUUAUUGGAAGAACUGGACUGUAAUGCUAGUGCAGAAGCGAAAAACUUAUCUGUGGGAUUUUUGGUAGGUGAGGCCCUGCUAAUGCCAAGUGGCGGUGAGAGGCUCUACCUAUGAUUUGGCUUAGGAAAUUAGGACACAGACGUGGUGGCAGGGUGUUGGCCUCUCGGUGACUGUAAAGAGAAUUCAAAACGUGUGGCCGUGACAGGUGAGGCCCUGUAGUAGGGCGGGCGAGGUGUAUAACUAUGAUUUGGGCGUGGUGCUGUACCUCAGUGUUGAGGUGGGAGAUGGCCUCGCGGGACCGGGUUUCCUAAUAGGGUGAGCUAAGGCGGUAGCCUAGACCCAGUAGCCAGUUCAAUUGUAUACUUAAGGUUGACUGGGAAAUUCUGAUGUGUGGAUAUUAACCUUGAAAGGUUGUAAAUGAUAUCUGGAACCUUCUAGUAUUUUCUUUUUUUUUUAUGUGGCGAGUCUUGUCUGCUGCUGUUCUUAAAGAAGAAGCCUGAGGAUUAAGACAGAUGUUGAUGUAUUUAUGCGUAUCGUGGUGACGUGUGGUUUGUAGUGAGGGUUGGCUAUUAGGAGCGCAACGUGAGAUCCUGAAUUGAGGGAUCUGAAAGGUUUAGUAUAGGAUUGGGACGAGUUUGCGUUAAAGAGAAAGGCUGAUUGAGGCCUUGGGGUAGUGAUUGCCGUACGUGAGUAAGGACGUAAGUACCUGAUGGUAUGCCUGAGUACGGGAUCAGGUAGGUUGGAUGUUUUCCGUGGCCUGAUGGUAGUAUGACCGUAGGCCUGGGUAGAGAAAUUGUAAAGAAUUAACGUACCGUGGGCGUAAGACCGUGAGUCAAUCGUAAUGAGACCGAGACCGCGUAAAGUCUUGUAUAGAAAGGUCUUGAAAGAGUGGGGAAUUAUACCUUUAAUGAAGUACGAAACUUGUGAUGAACAUAACUGGUUUAAUGUGUAGAAACCGGUGGAGGCCUAGAAUACUACUGGUGCUAAGGAUUAACCAAUGAAUAUUUAAACAGUUAACGACAGAUGUGACAGUAUGUAAUAAAUACCAACAUGUAUUGCUGUGACAAGUCUAGAUAGCUUAAUUGUAUUUGAGGCCUAGACCUGGAUGAAACCAAAGUGAGAAAAUUAUACCUGUUCCUGUAAUAAAAAGAACUUGAAAUAGCAACUUUUGAGCAGGAAUGCAAGAAACCGAUGCAAUCUGUAAAGCCAAAGACAUGUGACAGAGGCAAGAAUAAAUGACUGCGUGAUUCUAAGGAGAAGAUGUAGUACAGAUGUGGAUUUAACGCAAUUACCCUAGAAGAUUGUGUUUAAUAAUUAAUAUCUGUAUGUAGGGUUUGAAAAGGGUUGGUGUAUAGUUAGAAAAACCUGUUCUUUAUAUUGGUAACAUGAGAAGUCUAUAAGAAUUAAUAAAAUGAAUAUUAAAACGUGGUUACUAUUUAAUUAGGUGUAGGAAAAAAGAACCGUAUCUUAUAAUUGUUGAGAUUUUAAAUGUUUUAGAUAUAUCAUACUGGCCAACACAGUUUAAGAAAAAGACUGGUAGUUAGACCGGCUUGAAUAACCAAUACUGACAUGUAGGUAUCAGCAAUUAACUGACCGAACAGGGAAUAUGCGUUUACAUUUAAAAUUUGUGUAAAUGAAAUUAAUGAAUUUACUUAGCAUGGUUUAAAAGAAUUAACCGUAAUAGGGAUUUGUACCGUGCGUUCGUUUAAACCGUACGAAUAGAUCAGUACUGAAUGAGAAAAUAGCGAGGGGUGAAUAGGAUUAUCAUCUAACAUUAAGGAUGCACGAACGGGUAAGUACGAGGUUCGUGCGUAUGACCGUAUGAUCGUGCGUAUGGACCUCUUGCUGCAGGAGACUGAAGUUGUUCUGGCGGGAAGCUCGGACCGGAAGUGCUGGUUGCUAUGGGGAUGGACAAUCAGCUGAACGGCAGAGGUGAGUAGGGCCUGGGAGUUUUAAGUAGAGGACUUAUUCCUCCCACAAAUUCAGGCCUAAUGGCCUUUCUAUAUGUGUGUGUGAAACUGUAACAGAAAAUAGUUCCAUGCGGGCGACAACAAAACACUGCUGGGCGUGCGAUAGUUUAAAAUGGCCCCCACCACGUGUUUGUUCAUAUGCACGACGACCACCCAGCCGACCGUUCGGGAGAUGUAAGCGGCUGCGGUUAACCACAGUGUUAAAGAGGUCAAAAAGGUUAUUAAGCAAAACACUUCCCUGCUGGGUGGCCCGCCAUUCGGUAGUUCGUUUGUUUCAGUGAAUGAAACCAGGGAAAUAGCCGAAAACCCGUGGACUGACGAACAAACAGGCGAAACCAGUUUUUAAGUUAUAAUCCAGAGGCAGUGAGGUCUGUCACAAGGGAUGUAGCCUUUCCCCCAUACAUGAGACGAGUCUGUAUGUUGAGGGUAAAACAGGAACUCAGCAGAUCUGAGGGUUUAUUGAACAGCUUGGUCUUUUAUGCAGUUUUCCCCACCAAGACCUUGGACCUUGUAGGGCACAGGACACAAAGUCACAGAGACAAUCACAACAGUAUUGUUCAGUUGGACACUCCCAGAUAAUGUGCACAAACCCUCCCCUCCGCUUGGGAGAUAAUGGAGUAAGAUACUGUAAUUAACUCAAUUAUAUAUAUUUCACAAAACCCAGAAAACACCCCAAAACAUCACAUAUCCCCAUUAAUAGCACUGAUCUGAGUGAACAACAUAUCCAAAAAUCACCCAGAUCAGAGCAGGGGUUCGGGAAAUUCGUGGAAGUCAUAUUUGACAGACCACAAGCAUGGCUUCAUGCACAAAACAGUUCCAGAGAAUUAGGCUGUGCGACAGGUCUAUUUUCAAUGUCUAAGUUCCGUUCGAAUAGUCGAACGGGAACUGUUCGUGCAAAUAGACAAAUGUUAAAGUGGCAUUCGAAUUGUCGAACACCGUUCGACUCCUGUUGUGGUUCCGGAGAAGGUAAAGUUCAGCAGUGUACGUGCCGUUGCGUGUUCGAUUUGAGUUCCCUGAACUCGACGACAAAACACUGCUGAAAACUUACGACUAAACAAGAUUGCCGCUGACACGUGUUCGACUAUAUGAAUGGCGCCCACCCAGCCAUUCGUCAAUUAGGCUCAUUUUUAGCUAUUUGUGUGUGUGUGUGUGUGUGUAUGUCUGCUCUUAUGAGAUUAACCCACUUGCUUGGGGAAAAAAAUUCCAUCUGGGGCUCUCCGCAGUACAAGGCUAAAUAGGGCCCUGGGAUGAGGCACCUGUGACAGGGAGGGGUGCAAAACCAAGGAGUUGGCUAGACUCCCAAAUAUAUAUAUAUAUAUAUAUGUAUGUGUGUGUGUAUGUAUGUAUGUAUAUGUAUGUAUAUGUAUGUAUAUGUAUGUAUAUAUAACAAGAGGGGGUUGGCUGCACUCACCUGAACAUGCAUAAAUGGGGGUGCUGCUGGGGGCCAAAUAAUACAAUACACAAGAUCCAGCGCACUCACCUAUCCACUAAACAGCAACUUGAAUGUUGAAAGAUUUUAUUUGUUUUUUUUUUUAAAAACACCUAAUCUAGGCAAAAAUAAUGGGGGUUUAGUUACAUUAUAUGAUCAUACAUUGCAUAAGCUUGCCACAACGUCAAUGUACCCCAUCUUUGGCAGGUCCUACACUAACAACCUAAUGUCUGCUCUUAUGAUAUAUAUCAUAGAGAGAUAUAUAUAUAUAUAUAUAUAUAUAUAUAUAUAUAUAUAUAUAUAUAUAUAUAUAUAUAUAUAUAUAUAUAUAUAUAUAUAUAUAUAUAUAUAUAUAUCUAUCAAAAUACACUAAACCAAACACCUUAAAUGCCACUGGUGAAAAUAUGGAUAAUGAGCAAUUCCCCUUUAUCUAUUCUGAAAACUGGAGAAAAUAUGAGAUUCUUCCAAAUCUUGACUAAUAUGUUUAUUUCCAAUUAUUUGCAUAUUUAAAUGAAAGUGUUGUAUGUCACAUUUGGAUUUGAGCUCUGGAAGAGCGGAUUACUAACUGUGUGUAUUUUCCUACCCCGCAGAUACUAAUAAGGUUCUAACUUACAGUUUAAUACUGGUGUUGUUCCAGAAUUACUCCAGUAGGCAGUCCCAUCAGCUGGGGAUGGUAUACUUUAUGAUUCAGGAGCCAUAAUUUACAGGCUCCUGUAUGGUGGGUUCUCUAGGUGAAAUUGUUCCCGCCCUGUGUUUGUUUUUUAUCUUGUUAUAUCAUCCCACUUGUUAUGACUGCCGUUUAGGAAAAACUAAAAUUGAAGAUUAUGCUAGCGCAGUGUACUGAUAAUCUUAAUUUUAAUAAUGACAGGAGGCGAAUAUUUUGCAUUAACUUUCUUUACUAGCUCCAUAGCAGCAAAGAAAAAACUGUUAAAGAACCAAUCAGAAUGAAACAGAGAAUAUAUAAGUCCACGCAUAGUCCAUCAUUUCCUCUUGACUAAUGCGACAUCACAAGUUCGAAAAAUGACAAACGUGUCCAAUCCAACUUUACCCAACUUGAUGUAACUUAAUCCAAUGUUGAAAAAAGUAAGGAUUGUCGACUUCUCCAUCCUCCAGAAAAUUUGUUAAACUGAAAGGAAAGAGACUAGUAUCCGUGACCGUAGAUCACAAAUGUCUGAUUAUGUAUGUAAACUCUCCGCUAGUCAUAUUCGUCUAUCCUUAAAAUACUAUUGGACUAAUCAAACUACAAUAUAUAUGGACGACAAUACUCCCCAUCCUACAUCAAUUCGGAACCUAAACUGCAGCACGAUUAUACCCAUUAACCUUAACUUACCUCAUCAUUUGGGUGGGAACAUCAAGAAGAAGGGGAGGGAAAAUAUUCGCCUCCUGUCAUUAUUAAAAUUAAGAUUAUCAGUACACUGCGCUAGCAUAAUCUUCAAUUUUAUAACUUGACAGGAGGCUUCAUAUUUUGCAGUUUUAACGCUUAGACAGAAGAGAGAAUGCGGCACUAGAAGAUUGUCGGAAGUAAAAUGUCUGGAAUGUUUUGCGAGACCAGUCUACCGCUUGGAGGAUAUCUGCCAAUGGUGCGCCGCCGCUCUUCUCACGGAGUGAGCUCCGAAGGCGGUUCCACCCCCGCAAGGGUGAGGAUCCAUCUAAUCCAUCUGGAUAGUGUGGUGGUCGAGACUGGACCAUGAGGUUUAACGUAUAUCAGUAGUUGUCAAGAGUUUGGUCGACGUAGCAUCUCCGUUGCCUCCAUAUAUGCUCUCAAUGCCCUAACAACACAUAGUUGAGCUUCUGAUGUAAAGAACGGGUAAAAAAUUGAUGUCGAAUCGGUCUUGGUUCUCCGAGAGAUUUGGAAUGUAACUGUAGCGGAUGGCACUGGGCUGUCCUGCAAAUGUCUUGUGAAUAACUACCUUCGUGUGAUCUGCUGGUUUUCUAUGUAUUUAAAAGAAUUGUAUUCCUCUGAUUGUUCGGUAGUUUUAUUCCCUUAGUUCAUUCGAAUGAAACUACCGAACAACCAGACCUCCCCUGUGUGAAGUGUGUCCUCAAUUACCCGUUGCAACAUUGUUGCGAACGGGUAAUUGCCUAGUAAGUAGCCGUCCUUUGUUCUCGGGGGUGGCCGCCAUUCGACAAACGAACACGUGGCGGCGGCCAUUUUAAAACUCCCGAACAGCGGUGUUUUGCCGUCGAGUGUCUGGAACUCAAAUCGGACACUCGAGUAGGCGAACACCGCUGAGACCUCCACAAGCCCGGUCCGUUCGGUUCCUAACUACCGAACGGCCCCUCGUUCGGUAGAUAGAAAGAACCGAACGAGGGGAUUCAGGCGAACCCUCCCUAGCCUCUAUAGCUAGAGGCUUUCGUGUAUUUUAUUCCCUUAUGCCAGGACCGACCGCAGGGCCCAUUCGCAUGGAACCUUAUUCGGCUAUCUCAGUUAGUGCGGUCGGUCAUUUUAUUCCCUCCAUACAUUUCCCGAACCCCUGGUCUGAUCUGGGUGAUUUUUGGAUAUGUUGUUCACCCAGAUCAGGGGUAUCCGGGGAUGUAGGAUUUAAAGAGGUACCCCUACGUUUAGGGGUACAUCCAGAAACGGGGGGAAUUACUGUACUGGAUAAGGGGAUUAUGAUGCUGGCUGAGGGGAGGAGAUGUGUGGGAGGUUACCAGGACAGGAUUGGCUACUGUAAUAAUGAUUGUAAAUCCCUCCCUUGCAUGGGAGCAUGCUUUAAAAGGAGACUGUGGAUUAAAGCUUUGAGUUCUGCUCCUGAAACUGUGUGUUGUCCAGUUAUUGGGAUUGCUGUGGGAUAUUGCUGUUAUUUUACCUGCUGGAAACCUUGCCUGUGGAUUUACUAUUUACUUGUUCCUGAGCCUCACUUGGAUUAUAAGCGGAGAUAACCUGGGGAAUAUUGCAUCUCCGCUCAGCUAUUAAAUGAUAGUUCAUUCGGUUCACGAACGGCCCGCAAAGGUGCCGUUCGUGAAACGAAGGGAAAUCAGCUAUCUGCUUUCGGCAGAUAGCCAAUGCAGGUAAUACAGGGUUACACAAUCACAGUACAUUAUGCUCUGGAACACACAUAGCAUGAAAAUCAUACAGGCAACCCUUAAAGCGACAGUACUUAAAUAAUGUCCAAGUGGCUAGGUUUGCCACAAUGCUCCCCCAGAACCAAGCCGGCAUACACAGUCUGAUCCGAACGGAUCGGCUUGGGGAUGUCCGGAGGAGGGCUCACAGAUCACUUUUCCAAGUCAGUUUGUCGAGAUAACCCGUCGGCGUUACCGUUUUGUUUCCCGGGGCGGUAGUGAAUAGUAAAGUCAAAAGGCUGUAGCACCAAACUCCAGCGUGUCAGCCUGGCAUUGUCUCCAGCCACACCAACGGGUUGUGAUCUGUGAGCAAGGAAAAGGGUUGCCCGUAGAGGUAAGAUUGCAAUUUUUUCAGGGUCCACACCACGGCCAGGCAUUCUUUUUCGAUGGCGGCGUAGCUCACUUCCCGGGGUAACAGUUUCCGGCUUAAAUACUCUACGGGGUGUUCUCCGCCAUCUGCUCCAACUUGGCUCAGUACUGCUCCCAAUCCAAACAUUGAAGCGUCUGUGUGGACAAGAAAGCGUUUAGUUGGAUCAGGAGCAGCGAGUACAGGUGCAUUAGUCAGAGCCGUCUUAAGUUGGGUAAAUGCCUGUUCACACUCUGGGGGCCAGAUACCUUGUCUGGGUAAGUUCUUCCGCGUUAGGUCGGUCAUUGUAGUUGGGUACGAAUUUCCUGUAGUACCCGGCGGUACCCAGGAAUGCGAGGACUUGGGUCUUAGUCCUAGGGGUGGGCCACUGCGCUACGGCUUCAAUUUUUGCUGGCUCAGGUUUUUGUUGCCUGCUUCCUACCCGGUGGCCCAAGUAUUGCACCUCCGCCAUCCCUAUGUGGCAUUUACUAGGCUUCAGGGUUAACCCUGCCUCUCUGAUGCGAUCUAUUACCGCUCCUAUGUGGCGUAGGUGCUCGUCCCAGGUCUGGCUAUAAAUGGCGAUAUCAUCCAGGUAUGCACAUGCAUAAUCCUGGAAUCCAUCUAGUAGCCGAUCUACCAUCCGCUGAAAUGUUGCGGGGGCGUUCAUCAUCCCGAAUGGCAUGACUCUAAACUGGUACAAGCCAAACGGGGUGACGAACGCCGACUUGGGGAUGGCCUCCUCGGCUAGUGGGAUUUGCCAGUAUCCCUUAAACAAAUCUAUCGUCGUAAGAUACUGGCCUCUGGCCAUCCUAUCCAGCAGCUCGUCUAUCCGGGGCAUCGGGUAGGCUUCAGACACUGUUUUGUCGUUCAGCCUCCGGUAGUCCACACAGAAUCGGGUCGUACCAUCCUUUUUGGGGACCAGGACUACCAGUGAUGCCCAGGGGCUAUCUGAGUGCUCGAUAACCCCUAACUGCAGCAUCUCCUCAAUCUCCUUCCUCAUAUGUUCCCGUACGGAUUCCGGAAUCCGAUAGGGGGUCUGCCGCAUCGGUAGCUGUCCAGGAGUUUCUACUCGGGUGGCUAGCGGAGUGUACCCAGGUAAGUUGGAGAAAGUGGCGCCUUUCGCCACUAUCAGCUCCUGUACCUGGGUUCGCUCUUGAGCGCUUAGCCACUCCCCCAGUUGAACCCCCUUGGAGGGCUCUUCCUGCUCUAGCAGAUCAGGGAGAGGCAGAUUCUCCUGAUCUUCCGAGGCGGGCGUGCAUAUGGCAGCCACGUCCUCGGUCCGCUCGUGGUACGGUUUGAGCAUGUUCACAUGGAGCAUGCGUCGCUUCCCUACCCCGGAGCAUGGGCCGAUCACAUAGGUGGUGUCGCAUCUCUGCUCUACCACCUGGUAUGGGCCCUGCCAGACGGCCUGCAGUUUGUCUGUGCGGACAGGUUUGAGGAUCAACACCUUUUGUCCCACUUGAAAACUAUGGUCUCUAGCCCCUCUAUCAUACCAGCGGCGCUGCCGUUGUUGGGCGGCCUGGAGGUUAGCGCGUACUGCCUGGGUCAAUUCCUCCAGGCGGUCCCUGAACGCCAGCACAUAUGGCACAAUAGGGGUUCCAUCUGCACUACUCUCUCCCUCCCAAUGCUCCCUAAUCAGGUCCAACGGUCCCCGUACCCAUCUCCCAAACAACAGCUCAAAUGGAGAAAAGCCGGUAGAUUCCUGAGGUACUUCUCUAUAAGCAAACAACAAAUGGGGAAGGAAUCGUUCCCAGUCCUUAUGGGUCUCUCCGAACGUACGGAGCAUCUGUUUUAGGGUACCGUUGAAUCUUUCACAUAAUCCGUUGGAUUGGGAUUGGUAAACGGAGUUUACGAUUGGCUUAAUGCCACAUACCUUCCAUAAUUGCUGAGUGACCUCGGCUGUAAAUUUGGUCCCUCUAUCAGAGAUUAUCUCCUGAGGAAAUCCUACCCUAGAGAAGAUUUUCAUCAGGGCCUCUGCUACUGUUUCAGCGUGUAUAUUAGAUAGGGCGAUAGCUUCCGGGUACCGGGUGGCGUAGUCCACCACGGUUAGGAUAUACCGCUUCCCAGAGGGGCUCGGCUUGGGUAGCGGCCCCACUAUGUCUACGGCUACACGGCUAAAAGGCUCCUCAAUGAUGGGAAGGGGGCACAGUUUAGCUUUGUGGUGGUCCCCCUCUUACCUACCCGCUGACACACGUUGCAGGAGGUACAGUAGUGCCUCACGUCCUUGGAAAUUCCCAGCAGAAAAGGGCGUGUGUCAGCCGGUACCGGGUACGGGUCAUACCUAAAUAUUGUGAGUUAUCCUCAACAGCUCCGGUCUAUAUUUUUGGGGAACUACCAACUGCUUGGUCUUCACUGUGACAGAGCCCCCUAUCACCCUCUAGGCUAUCCUGUACAAUAGCUUUUUCUCCCAAAUGUACCGCUCCCCCUCCAGCCCGGCCUGAUCAUUACUUACUCUAUCCCUGUAUACCUGUAACGUGGGGUCUGUCUGGACCUCGGCUUCAAAGGCGGUCAGGGUGUCCCAGGUCAUAUAGGUCAGGGGGAGUCACGGUCUCUUACCUGAGCCUCAGAGUGUGUUGGUGGAACCAUGGUGCGAGCCUGUUGUCGAGUAGUCACCGGAUGCGCUUCUUGCAGAGGGGCCUGAGGUACAAAUGCAGACGUCAUUCGGCCCAAGUCAUUCCCCAAUACGACAUCCGCGGGUAAUUUUUUCAUAAUAGCCACUUCCACGACCCCCUCCCCAGCACCCCAGUUCAAAUGUACCUUCGCAGUGGGUAGGCGGUACAUGGCUUCCCCCGCCACCCGUACUGCCACAGACCCGCCGGUGUGCGCGGUAUCUGGUACCAAAUGAGGGGCCACCAGGGUAGCUCCCGAGUCCCGUAGUCCCUGUACUUCUUCCCCCCCCACAAACACAACUUGACGAUGAUGCUGCCGGUUGUCGGUGGCUUGGACGGACAUCACUUCAUAUAAAACGCCCAAGGGUUCCUCGGUCUGAAGGCUCAGCAACUCUUGGGUGUCAGGUUCCACCUGGUAGUGAUGUGCUGCUGCCCUUGGGGUGGUGUUCUGCCGCACUUGGUUCCACGCUUGUCUGCUCCGGUUCUGGGUGCACUCUCGGGACAUAUGCCCCCACUGCCGGCAGGUAUGGCACUGAAUAUUUGACCUGCCGUUGUUGCGAGAGGAGGGUGGUGGGUUCCCUUGUGCUGGCCUAAACGGAGUGGAGUUAACUGGUGCGGAGGGGAUCGUGUGGGUUGGUGCAGGUGGUCUCGGGUAACUCUUACUAAUUGGCCCAUGAUGCCUCCUGGCAUCAAAAUGUUGGUCCGCCAAUCUAGCGGCUUCCGGUAGGGUGAGAGGUUUGCGGUCCCUCACCCAUUCUUGCGCUUCUGGGGAGAGUCCAUUAAAAAAUUGUUCCAAUAGCAUAAGUUGGCGCAAUUCCUCCAUGGUGGUGGCUUGGCUUGCCUGAAUCCACCCCUGUGAGGCUUGAUCCAACUUGUGUGCCCAUUCUGCGUGGGAAUCCUUCUCGGGUUUGCGUAAUCCACGAAAUUUGCGUCGAUACGCUUCGGGCGUGAUGGCAUACCUCUCCAGUAUAGCCCUUUUUACUUUAAAAUAGUCUUUACUGUCUUCCCUGGGGACAGCGCGAUAAGCCUCUGCUGCCCGCCCUGCCAACUUUCCCACUAGCAGGGGUACCCAUACUGCCUGCUCCAGGUCGUGCAGGUCACAUAGCCGCUCAAAGUCCUGUAAGUACCCAUCAAUUUCGUCCUUCUCCUCACAGAACGCUUUGAAUGCAUGAUACGAUAUUUUUGGUUUUACCUGACCGCAGAUGGAGGCAGUAAUGGAUUCUGCCCUGGAUGGUGCUCCCUGUUGCUGUUGUGCCAUCACGUACUCCUGCACGUCAGCCAUCAGGACCGUCAGGAUAUCCAGGGGCACUGGCUGGGGUAAAAAUUCCAGCCGGGUUCUCAGCUCCCUUUUUGUAUGGGGUUUCUUCCCUGGCUGGUGGGGGUGUGCUGCUGUGCGCUCGGUCGCCCUCAAUCAGUUCAGCGAUCAGCACGGCUUUAGAAUUAUUGCUGGCGCUCUUUCCUCUCGCUUCCAGCAGUUCCUUAAGCGUCUGCCUUUUCAACAUAGUGUAUUCACUGAACUCUUUCGUCUGUUUGCUGCAUACGAAUUGCCAUUUCCUUUUUCCGUUCGGUUGUUUCUUUCGAAUGCGCUGUUUCGGCUGUAGAGUUGGAUCCCGUCGCUUGCCACCAAUUGUAGCGGAACGCCAAUAUUAAAUCCACGAAUUCCGCUGGUACAUACGGUAAUCCACAGUCAAGCACUGGAAAAAGCAAGGAAAUAUCCCAAAUCUCCCAGUAACCGGACGAAACACAGUUCUGAGAGUCAACUGAGGUCUUUAUUUUCAGCUCCACAAUUUAUACAAGUCCCCAUGCAAGGGGUUUCCUGAGUCCCCUCCCAGGGGCACUGCUGCACGAGAGGGAUCCUCCCACAGGAAUGUACCGUUAAGUGGAUUAUCCCUCCGUGCAGCAGAACCGACAAUUUAUAUUAAAAUGCAUAACUGUGGUAAUAUACGGUCUAUUUGCACGAAUGGACGUUCGGUAGAUAGUUGGGGUCUGAGCGCCUCAUUUGUGAGAUUACCGCUCAGAUCCCAGCUAAAACAUCCAAACGCCGCACGAAAAAACACAUUUAUUAAAAUACAUGUUUAACUGACCGAUUGACUUCCAGGGAACAAAGUACCGAACGGCCCUGAACUCCCGAACGGCCUGGAGGCUCAGCGGUGUUCGUGCCGUCGAGUAGCCGUUUUUAGUACCAUGUGCUCGAUGACCUAACACCGCUGAGGGAACAAAGGAUCCAAGAUGGCCGACCGCCGCAUGGUCGGUAGUCAAACGGCGGCCACCUAGGAGAGCCUCUAAUUACCGAUUGCAACAGUGUUGCAAUCGGUUAACAAGCGCCACACGUCUCUUAGUGUGUGGGCUAUUAAAUGAUAGUUCAUUCGGUUUACGAACGGCCCGUAAAGGUGCCGUUCGUGAAACGAAGGGAAAUCAGCUAUCUGCUUUCGGCAGAUAGCCAAUGCAGGUAAUACAGGGUUACACAAUCACAGUACAUUAUGCUCUGGAACACACAUAGCACGAAAAUCAUACAGGCAACCCUUAAAGCGACAGUACUUCAAUAAUGUUGAAGUGGCUAGGUUUGCCACACCUUUGGAAGUGGGAAUAGGAUUGUCUCGCUCCCGAGUCCGGAUAGGACAGUUGCGGGUAGAACUGUUGUGGAGGUCCAGUGCGGGGGGCCUGAUGGCCAGAAGCGGCUGGUGGCACGGCCCCUUUGCCGACCAGCCCUGGAAAAAUCACCCCUGGAGGGGUUGCCUCUGAAUACCUUUCUCAUAGAGGUACGAGCUUUGUUUAGGGACGUGAAUACAUUCACGUGUUUAUUGAGCUCCUUCAUAAAAGCCUCUCCGAAAAGUUUGCCCUGUGCUUGCGGGCCUAGUUCUUUUACUCCAAGGUCAGCCAGCUUUGGGUCAAUGCGGAACAGUGCUGCGUGGCGCCGUUCUGUUGAGAGGGCUGCAUUGGUAUUCCCCAGGAAGCAGAAGCCCCGCUGGGUCCAUUCUCACCAUGUCCGCGAUAAAAAAGUCCGCUCUGGUAUAGGAGUCAUCCGCCAGAUACAUCACUCUGGCUAGUGGUCCCAUUGCAUCUAGGAGCUUGUCUUGCGCCCCUUUUAAAGCUCCGUUCGAUCCCCCUGCAUGGAUCGCGACCACCUCUCUCCAUGAACGUCAGCAUGAGCUGAUCGAACUCUGGCGUAAGCGCCAACUUGUCUGGCAGGGAGGGUCUAAGACACUCUGCCCGCAUCCUCUUACGGAUGUGCUUCUCUAACGGUUUCCGGAUCCAGAAGUGCAUAAACUUCAUGAGGUGGUCGGGUGGAGCCCAUUCCCCAGAGCGGGGGUGGUGUAUAUUACUGGGAUCAAACAUGCGUUGUCCCGUAGUAUCCAGGAAAGUCUCUUGCUCCGGGCUAGCAGUUGUCGUGGAAGAUUCUGCAAUCCCUUUCAUCUGGGGCUCACCCAGGAAAGUCUCUGUGACAUAGGCGUUGGAUCCCCAAUCCCCGUCGUCCGAAUCCGAGGCCUCUGCCUGCCACUUAUCCAGUAUGGACAGGGAGUGGGGCAUCUCUUCUCCCUCAUCCGAGGAGGCGUCGUCGGGGGUUGCUGUAGGCACGGGUGCUGGUGCGUGUUUAUUACAGUAUCGUUUUGCCGGGCGCUGUCUCUCUUGGGAGGAAUCGUCGGAUUCUUCGGGAAUCCUCCCUGGGGCGACUAGAUUUGCCAGACGGCUUGAGGGUAUCAGAGGCCGCUGGGAGCACCAUUGCCAUGGCUUUUUCUAACGAUGCAGCUACAGCCGCAUUGAUCAUGGCUUGCAUUUGUUCAGUGGAAAUCUGUGUCUCCUUUUCCAUUAUGUCAGUUAGCUGGCAGGCACAGGUUUGGGAGGUGUGGGAACUGUGUGGGAGGGUUUGGAUAAGAGGCCGUCGGCCGUAUAAUGUAUAACGCUUAGUAGCGUGUAAAGCGGACUCUCACUGGGGCUCACCCAGGGAAAAAAAGGGGAAUUGCUAUAGCAAAUUCCCGUAGGCAGCACUGAUACGGGGGCUCACCCCGUGCCAGAAUACUCGUGUAAAACUGACUGGCAGUCCCACUCCCUAAGGGUUACUAUACCCCAAAUGCACAGGUCCCUUUAAUAUAAAACAUAACACUCAUGCUUUUUUAGAAGACUAGUAGUCUGGGUCAGACCAGGAGCUCUCCUUUCUGCAGGCUCUGCCACAGUAGCCACAACACCCACAAGAUGGCCCCCGCGAUUCUCGCGAGUUCUGGCCCUUUAAAAGCCUGGGAAAAAUUUGCGGGGAAAAAUAGUAAUGAGUGCAUUCGGCAAGUUUGGUCGAACAAACUGACGAACGCGGAUACCUGUAAUGGGUGCGCCCGAAGUAGCUCCCAUGUUCGCACGCCGAACACGGCGUACAGGGUUGCCAGGGAAACCUCAGUUCGCGCUUUGUGUAAUGCGCGAACGGAAGAGAGACAGCACUGGGAGGGCGGCUUUACAAAGGCAGCCUUCCGGUAUCGCGAGGAUGUUGUGCGCUGCCUCCCAAAUUGCCCGGGUCUGUUCACACGGCAGCCUGUGUGAACAGUACAGGCAACAGGACAAUGAAGGUGGCGAACGUUGCCACUGGGGGGGGGUUGUUGAGGGAAGGUGUGUAAAGAGGGGUCCCGGUCGGAGUGCCUCAGAGGGGAAAGCCCUGUGGAACCCAACGCCCUGAUGAAAAACCCCCACAAGUUAACCCUGCCCCACACAAAUUAAAGGAGCCCCUACCACCCCCAAUGUAAGCACUAAUCAGUACAUAAAACAAUUAUAACAUGGAAUUAAAGAAGCAGUACUCUGACCUGACUUGUGAUGGAGCAGCAAAGAAAGAGGAAAUGACGGACUAUGCGUGGACUUAUAUAUUCUGUUUCAUUCUGAUUGGUUCUUUCUUUAACAGUUUUUUCUUUGCUGCUAUGGAGCUAGUAAAGAAAGUUAAUGCAAAAUAUGAAGCCUCCUGUCAUGUUAUAAAAUUUUACUUACUGUAAUUUAUUUUUCCUUAUUCCAAGCGGCAGUCAUUCUUUCCCUCCCUUUAUACUAUAAAAAUGUAAAAAAGUGUAAACCUAUUUCCUUCUCUCAGCUUGUUAUAUACUGGGAAGCUCAGGGUGGAGUUGUCCUUUAUAAGGCUAGGAGGAGAGGAGACUGGGGACUGCAUUUUGUUGUUUUAACCUUUUCAAUGCUACCUGUCAUGUGAGAAAUGGGCAACUACAGCCCACUUGUUAUGACUGCCGCUUGGACUAAGGAAAAAUAAAUUUACGGUAAGUAAAAUUUAGGUUUUUGAAACAUCGACACAUACUUUUUGAUUUUAUAAAGAGUAAUGUUAUUUGGAAUUCCCAAAGAAUAUAUAUACCAAGAAAGUUAUGGAGGAGGAAAAAAAGUGAUUAAAAAUCCCUUCCAGCUGAAGUUAGUGGAUAGUCAAUACAUUAUUAAACAUAGAUCUGCAAACCAGUCAAGCCAUAAUACUUGCUUUUCCCACAUGCAAAUUAGUUCAACAGAGAAUCACAUUUCUGCCUUGUUAUUCUAUAUUAAACAUGGAUUGCUUAGUUUGUUUGCUGCACACAACAGCUUUGAAACACAACUCUCGAAGUAAUGUAAAGCCAAUGAACCACUCAUUGACAGCUGCUUAGUUGAUAAUGCAACUCAUCAACAUAAGGUUAGUAACUGGCCUGAGAGAAUGGUUUAACUCCUUGAGGUAAGAGUUCACCCAGAGGUCUCCUGGCACCCUAGCUUAAUUUAUAUGAUGUAGUUAUGGUUUCUAGAGUGUCCAUGCUUUCAUUGUUUCCCAACUUUAUAAUUGUAACAGCCUGUCAGCCUGAAAUGUGGCCAGAUUGCCCCUCUACAGUCCAAUAUGAUCUCUUCUGCCAGAUGGCCCUUCCUUACAUCCAGUAACUAACACAUCACCCUUCGGUCAAUCUCUACACUAACUUCUGUUUCGUUUUAGGAUUUGGUUCAAAGCUCUCAGUAACAAUGCUCUUGCUUACAUCUUUUGUCGUUGGCAGAUGAGCUGCAGCCAGGCCUUUUCUAGCAUCGCUAACAUUAUUAUUAUUAUUAUUAUUAUUAUUAUUAUUAUUAUUAUUAUAUUUAUAUAGUGCCAACAAAUUCCACAGCACUUUACAGUGGUUGGACGAACAAACAUGUAGUUGUAACCAGACAAGUUGGACACAUAAGAACAGAGGGGGUGAGGACCCUGCUCAAUGAGCUUACAUGCUAGAGGGAGUAGGGUAAAGUGACACAAAAGGUAAGGAUAGUAUUAGACUAAUGACCGUUGCAAGAGAGGAAUCAGUCGGGAGCUAUUAACAGUUUAAUUGAUACGCUUUUAUGAAGAAGUGGUUUUUAAAUGUUACUGUUCCAUUUUCGCAACCACACCCCAGACUCCUACCUGUGAGACCUUCAUUGGGAUGCCCCCGCCUUUUAAGGUAUGCACUCCCACGGUACAUUCAAGUCUCCCACUCUCUAUAGUGUUUCAAAAUAAAUCCCUAAAAACAAACUUCUUUAGAGAAACCCACCAACUCUCCCCUUAACACCUCAUCCUAUUUUACAUUCCUCUCUGUCUCCAACUACUGUGCUCCCUCCUCCCAAACAUCUCUCCCAUCAUUUCAUGUAUAUCCAGAUCGUUUGAUUCUCGAACAUCCCUUUAUUUAUUUGUCCCUUAUCCCUUGUUUGGGCAGGGCCCUCUUCUCUUCACCUGCUGUUCCUGUGUCUCAAACAGGUUUUGUUAAAAUUAAAUAUUUUGUCUUGUUUACCUAUUGUACAACACUGCAGAAUAUUCUGGCAUAUUCUUAAUAACUGUAAUUGAAACUGCUGCCAAAUGAUUAACUACAUAUCCAGUGAACCCUUGUUGGACAUAGGUUUGUUAAAUAGAAAGGAAACCUCCAGAUGGCCUGAGCCAUUUUCUGGUGUUGGUGGAUCUCACUACAAAUGCUUAAAAAAAUGCAUUAGUAUUAAUAGAAACCGUAUGCCCAAAGUGAUGAGACACAUUUUCUUGAUACAUUAUAGAGAAAUAUGUUAAAAGAAAAGAUGACCAUUAAAAACACAGGCAAGUGCAAUAGCUGGCACACCCCCCUGACCGGGAAGAGUGUCAACCAAGCCGUCAAGCAGUAGCUUUUCAUUCCAGUCUGUCAGUGGGGAUUGAAUAUAUGGGUGUUGUAGCAAAGUUUUCAGGGUGUUGUCGUCUUCAUCACAAUGUCAUGGUUGUGAGAAAGUGACUCUUUUGAAAAUAAAUCUAUUUUAUGAAAGUUUUUAGAUAUUGGGUUUUUUUUCCUCUUAUUUUUUUAUUAUAUAAUAUCAAUAUAAUGCAUUAAAAAAAAAAAAGUAGGGGUCCCUUAUAAGUAGUGUCUCUUUAAGCUUCCUUUUUCUGAAAUGAUCAAAGUCAAGUCUUGAAUGUAAAUUUUAUAUUGGGGCUCAGACAUUUGAGCACAGUUUUAUAAUAAAAUUAACCACAGUUUGCACAUGCUUAUUUCCACAUACCCAUGCCCAGUGUAAGAAUGGACAUUUUGAGUUAUGUAUUUAAGUGUCAAAAUUUUUGUUUAUGCAUGCUAUUCCCCUUUUAUUCUUAAUGUAAGCUAUAACGUUGAUUUUUCUAAUCUAUUUCUAACUUCCACUCUAGGAUCUUCUUUCUCAAAUGCACCAUUACAAUACCGGCGUAAAACACAGUGCUCUCGUUGGUCUCCGAGAACUCCUGUCUUCUCACCCUUCAUUAAUUGAAACUCAUAUUUCAAAUAUAAUAGCUGAAGUUGCUGCUGUGUUUACAGACAAAGACCCAGCUGUGAGAAUGGCUGCAGUUUCUGUCCUUAAGUGCUUGACUCCCAUGAUUCCACAGGAAAAAGUUGCACCUUUCUUCCCUCUUGUUAGCGCCCACCUAUCCAGUGCUAUGACUCAUAUUAUAGUUGGCAUUCAAGAAGACUCAUUAAAGAUAUUGGAUGUCCUUUUAGAAGAGUAUGCAGAUUUACUUAUUGACCGCAGCAACAUGUUGUUAAACAAUUUUUUGGAACUUAUUUCUCAUCAGAAGAACUCAAAAGAAGUCGGGGGUGACAAACAAUCAGUAUGGACCUUAUCAAUUAAUCCUAACAGAAAAAUUACAUCCCAGAAGUGGCGACUAAAUGUACUUAGCAGAUUAAAAAAGUUUCUUUCUGUAUUGGUAAAGCAGGCUUUUGAAAAGUGUCCAAACACAGAAAAUCUGGAAAGUGUUUUCUCCACUAGAAAGCUAGUGGAUGUUACAUGGAUAGAGCACGCAAAUGGAAAUCAGCCUAUUAAAAUGUUUACAAGUUCUGAAGAACAACAAUCACCAUUUAGAUUAAGGUAAGGUGUUUUUUUUUUUUAAUUUUUUUUUAUACAUUUUGUGCUGGUCUAGGGGUACUGGGAAGUAUAUGAUGAUUCAGGAUCCAAAUCAUAUUUUUCAGUGGCUGUCUGAGAAUUAGUGAUGUUCACUUUUUUAAACCUUUUGUUUUAAAAAAAAAUAAAAUAAAUAUGUAACUGGUGUUAUUAUUAGCAAUGCCUUUUUUUAAAUCAUUGUAAUGUGCAACAAGCGGCUAUCAUGUUGUCUGUGAGCAUCAAAAGUAUUUGACCCCGUGCUGAUUUUGAACAUUUGCCCACUGACCAAGAAAUGAUCAGUCUAUAAUUUUAAUGGUAGGUGUAUUUUAACAGUGAGCGACAGAAUACCAAAAAAAAUCCAGAAAAACGCAUGUCAAAAAAGUUAUAAAUUGAUUUGCAUGUAAAUGAGUGAAAUAAGUAUUUUAUACCCUAUCAAUCAGCAAGAUUUCUGUCUCCCAGGUGUCUUUUAUACAGGUAAUGAGCUGAGAUUAGGAGCACUCUCUUAAAGGCUCUUUACCUGUAUUAAAGACACCUGUCCACAGAAGUAAUCAAUCAGAUUCCAAACUCUCCACCAUGGCCAAGACCAAAGAGCUGUCCAAGAAUGCCAGGGACAAUAUUGUAGACCUACACAAGGCUGGAAUGGGCUACAAGACCAUCACCAAGCAGCUUGGUGAGAAGGUGACAACAGUGGGUGCGAUUAUUCACAAAUGAAAGAAACACAAAAUAACUGCCAGUCUCUCUAGGUCUGGUGCUCCGUGCAAGAUCUCACCUUGUGGAGUUACAAUGAUCAUGAGAAAGGUGAGGAAUCAGCCCAGUACUACAUGGGAGGAUUCAUUGUUAAUGCUCUCAAGGCAGCUGGGACCAUAGUCCCCAAGAAAACAAUUGGUUACACACUACGCCGUAAAGUAAUUAAAUCCUGCAGCGCCCCCAAGGUCCCCCUGCUCAAGAAAGCACAUGUACUAGGGAUCGACCAAUAUUGAUUUUUUUUUUAGAGCCGAUACCGAUAUUCUGUGAACUUUCUGGCCGAUAGCCGAUAUAAUUUGCCGAUAUUCUGUACCUUUACCAUUUUGGAAAAUAAAAACUAUUUCUAAAGGCAAAUGCACAAAAUGUACAUGCCACGUGUAGUGGAUGCAGUGUGUUUAGAUAGGGGAGCUGUGUGUGUUUCUGUAGUGUGUGUGUGUGUAGUGGAUGCAGUGUGUUUGUGUAGUGUGUGUGUGUGUGUGUGUGUGUAGUGGAUGCAGUGUGUGUGUGUAGUGGAUGCAGUGUGUGUAUAUAAUGAAAGCAGAGUGUUUGUGUAGUGUGUGUGUGUGUAGUGGAUGCACUGUUUGUGUAGUGUGUGUGUAGUGGAUGCAGUGUGUUUGUGUAGUGGAAGCAGUGUGUUUGGGUAGUGUGUGUGUGUAUAAUGAAUGAGUAUGUGUUUGUAUAGUGUGUGUAUAUAAUGCAGUGUGUUUGUGUAGUGUGCAUUAUAUAAAUACACUAUUGAAAGAAAAAAGGAAAACGUGGAAGCUUGAUGAUAUUGGAACUUAGGCAGUGAAGGGGUUAACCCUAACUGAAAUAAUUCAAAGGAAAAAGGAGAGAACUACUGCCUAAGAAUAGAUAAGGUUAAAAGUUAACUUUUAAUGGUAUGAUUAAAAUAGAAUAAAGAAACAAAUAGAUAUGGAAACUCUCAAUACACCAAGGGGGAGUGUAGAGAGAUGAAAGAUGCACAAAAAUAAGAUGAUUAUAAUCUCCAAAUUGUUAUAAAUUAAUCAUUUGACAUAUAAUCAACAGUUAAAUAGUGUCUAAAAAUUGUUCUCAAUUGAUCAUUUUAAUUAGCUAAGUUGUUGCAAAUUAAUGCUUACUAUUGAUUUGUGCUGCAAACCAAUGUAUAAAUACUUGUCUCUGAGAGGUAGAGAGGACCAACAAUUGAUUGAAUUCCCAAUAAGAGUUUUUAAACGAUAUUGCAAAAAACUAGCUGUGCCUUCAUGGGCACCUACCUCUACAGGACCCCACUAAAUGAGCUAACUGGCAAAAGAAAUAAGUUAAUCUGCAGGACGCCCUAAAAGAUACUGGGACUGUUCCUACGUGUUCUCAAUGAGAAGAUCACUUCUUGUUACUAGAAAAUAAAGUUGCAGUUGCUGGUGUUUGAGUACUCAUAAUUGCUGUCUAUAUAGAUAUAAGUCUAGGACCCUUCUCACGAUGCCUUCGAGGGCACCUGCUGCUGCUAAAAACCUAAGUUAGCUAUUAGUCGGAAGAAGGAAAGAGAAGCCCUGAUAAGCAUACAUCAAACCCCAAUCACCUAUCAUAGUAGAAAUAAUCGCUAUACUAAACGGUUCAAAUUGACCCCAAUACGAAAUGUAUAGCGUUCAAAGUGAAUUAAAUUGUGGUGGUUUGAGAAAGGGGAGCAAUCUCCCAGAGAAAACCCCUUUCUCUGGGAGAUUGCUCCCCUUUCUCAAACCACCACAAUUUAAUUCACUUCGAACGCUAUACAUUUCGUAUUGGGGUCAAUUUGAACCGUUUAGUAUAGCGAUUAUUUCUACUAUGAUAGGUGAUUGGGGUUUGAUGUAUGCUUAUCAGGGCUUCUCUUUCCUUCUUCCGACUAAUAGCUAACUUAGGUUUUUAGCAGCAGCAGGUGCCCUCGAAGGCAUCGUGAGAAGGGUCCUAGACUUAUAUCUAUAUAGACAGCAAUUAUGAGUACUCAAACACCAGCAACUGCAACUUUAUUUUCUAGUAACAAGAAGUGAUCUUCUCAUUGAGAACACGUAGGAACAGUCCCAGUAUCUUUUAGGGCGUCCUGCAGAUUAACUUAUUUCUUUUGCCAGUUAGCUCAUUUAGUGGGGUCCUGUAGAGGUAGGUGCCCAUGAAGGCACAGUUAGUUUUUUGCAAUAUCGUUUAAAAACUCUUAUUGGGAAUUCAAUCAAUUGUUGGUCCUCUCUACCUCUCAGAGACAAGUAUUUAUACAUUGGUUUGCAGCACAAAUCAAUAGUAAGCAUUAAUUUGCAACAACUUAGCUAAUUAAAAUGAUCAAUUGAGAACAAUUUUUAGACACUAUUUAACUGUUGAUUAUAUGUCAAAUGAUUAAUUUAUAACAAUUUGGAGAUUAUAAUCAUCUUAUUUUUGUGCAUCUUUCAUCUCUCUACACUCCCCCUUGGUGUAUUGAGAGUUUCCAUAUCUAUUUGUUUCUUUAUUCUAUUUUAAUCAUACCAUUAAAAGUUAACUUUUAACCUUAUCUAUUCUUAGGCAGUAGUUCUCUCCUUUUUCCUUUGAAUUAUAUAAAUACACUACACAAACACUGCAUUAUAUAAACACUACGCAAACACACUGCAUUAUAUACACAGUGUGUUUGUGUAGUGUGUGUAUAUAAUGGAGUGUAUAUGUGUGUAUAUAAUGGAGUGUGUUUGUGUAGUGUGCAUUAUAGAAACACUAUACAAACACACUGCAUUAUAAACACAGUGUGUAUGUGUAUAUAAUGGAGUGUGUGUGUGUGUGAGGGGGCAUUUUUUAUUAAAUUAUUAUUUUUUUAUAUUUAAUUAUUAUUUAUUUUUGUUGCCUGGCCAGGGAGGGGGGAUAUAGCAUUCCCUGGUUGUCCAGUGGCAUUGGCCGAUACCGAUAUUGCCGAAAAUACAGAAUAUCGGCCGAUUUAUAUCGGUAAAACCAAUAAUCGGUCGAUCCCUAACAUGUACAGGUCCGUCUGAAGUUUGCCAAUGAACAUCUGAAUGAUUCAGAGGAAAACUGGGUGAAAUUGUUGUGGUCAGAUGAGACCAAAAUUGAGCUCUUUCGCAUCAACUCAACUCGCUGUGUUUGGAGGAGGAGGAAUGCUGCCCAUGACCCUAAGAACACCAUUAAACAUGGGAAUGAAAACAUUUUGCUGUGGGGGUGCUUUUGUGCUAAGGGGACAGGACAACUGCACCGCAUCAAAGGGACAAUGGACAUAGCCAUGCACCGUCAAAUGGGUCGUGGAUGGUUAUUCCAGCAUGACAAUUACCCAAAACACACAGCCAAGGCAACAAAGGAGUGUGUCAAGAAGAAUCACAUUAAGCUUCUGAAGUGGCCUAGUCAGUCUCCAGACCUGAAUCCUAUAGAAAAUCUGUGGAGGGAGCUGAAAGUUCGAGUUGCCAAAUGUCAGCCCCAAAACCUUAAUGAUUUGAAGAGGAUAUACAAAGAGCAGUGGGACAAAAUCCCUCAUGAGAUGUGUGCAAACCUGGUGGCCAACUACCAGAAACAUCUGAUCUCUGUAAUUGCCAACAAGGGUUUUGCCACAAAGCAUUAAGUCGAAGGGGUCAAAUACUUAUUUCACUUAUUGACAUGCAAAUCAAUUUACAAUUUUUUUUGACUUGCAUUUUUUUUUUUUUUUUGUUGUUGUUGUUGUUCUGUCUCUCAAUGUUAAAAUACACCUACCAUUAAAAUUAUAGACUGAUCAUUUCUUUGUCAGUGGGCUAACGUUCAAAAUCAGCAGGGGAUCAAAAACUUUCCCUUCACUGUAUCUCUUACAAAUUCUUAGAGUAAUGGCUAAGGAUAGUGUUAAAGAUACACUUCUGCUCCUUAAAUAGCCUACAUUAGUAGUUAUGGUACCUGUAGUGCAUUAGUGCUCUCAAAGAAUGGUUUGAUAACUUUCUUUCAACCAACACCUGCAGCAUUUGCUGCUCCUGUCAGGAGAAUCUGGUUAGCUACACUGAGCUAAGCAAUGCAGUGCAGGGCCACGUUUAUUGGCUGAGAAUGUCAGCUGAGCACUCAUGGCAAAUGAGUGUAGUCUUGGAUGGGUCAGGCUUAGCUUAACCCCUUAAGGACCAAACUUCUGGAAUAAAAGGGAAUCAUGACAUGUCACACAUGUCAUGUGUCCUAAAGAGGUUAAAGGAACACUAUAAGGUAAGUCGAAAACUCUCCUCUAUUCCAGCAUCGCGCUGGCUUCUCCCCCGAUCUGUGUCUAUGGCUGAGAUUGUCAAUUCUGAUGAAUUCAGCCAAAGAGGAAGGGUAUGGGCAGAGCCAAACACACCACUGGCCAUUCGGCAUCUCCUGAAAGUUCAGUGUAUCCAUGCACUUGUGCAGCACUGAACUAGGAAGCAACUCUAGUGGCUUUCUAGUAUGUGUCACUGAUACUCAGUGUUUCUUUAGUGUAAGGGUAAAAGUUAGAAAAAAGGUUGUAGAUUUGGGACAUUAAGGUUGUGAUUUUAAAGACAAGUUUCCUUGAGGGUCACUGGUAAAGUUAUCUUCUCUCACAGCGCUGUACUUCCAGGCACUUGUGCACAGCUACACACUGAUGUCACAGACACUGUUUGACACUCGUCAGUUUGGUGACGUUGUGUCACUUUAUCAGAUGGCAUCAGUGGAAACCACACUAAGAAUCAUAUCAAAAUAGUGGUAUGUGUCUAAUUUAAAGGGAUCCUAUAGUGCCGGGAAAACAAACCAGUUUUCCUGGCAUUAUAGGGUCUUACAGUACCCCCUCCCGUGGGGUUAGAACCCUUUCAGCCACUUAACUGAAUCCAGCGCCAAUGUCCCUCGGCGCUGGGACAGGUUCCGCCCACGCUCAUCCCCCGCCCACUUCAGCUGGCGGUGGAGACCUAAUGUGCAUUAUUCAGUUCUUUCCUAUGGGGGAAAAUCUGACGCUGGAGGUCCAUGAGGACGUACAGUGUCAGAUAACGGACCAAAAGUCAGUUUGGAUUCCGGAAGUGGCUGGGCAGACUUAGAGCUGCAAUGUAAAAAUCGCAGUUCUCUGGAACUGCAAUGGUUUACAUUGCAGCACUAAGUGCAAUAGUGAGACAGCACCCAGACCACUUCGAUGAGCUGAAGUGGUCUGGGUUCCUACAGUGUACCUUUAAGAUUAUGACAUUACAAAAAACUUGGAUAAGGUACAAGUUGGACUUAGCAGCUGUUUAAAAAGAAACUGUAAGCACCCAAACCACUUAUUUUCAUUGAAGUGACCUGGGUGCAGUGCCCCUGAACCCUGGAAGUGAAAGCAUUGCAGUUUUAGAGAAACUGUAAUGUUUACCUUACUGAGUUAAAGGGACACUACAGUCACCAGAACAACUAUAGCUUAAUGUAAUUGUUCUGGUGUUCUUUUAAGAUGCUAGUGUGUCCCUUCCUUUGAAAAUUUUACCCAGCGUAUAUUCUUGGAAGAUGGCUGAGAUCCAAUCAGCUUGAAUCAAUGACUGUCAUAGAAAAUCAUUACUUCAGCCCCUUUUUGGAGCUUUGCAGGGUGUGGGUGACUUUCACAAACUUAAAUAUAUACCAUUUCUUUUUUUUAUAUUGUAUACUAUAAAGAUUUUAUUAAGAUUACAUUUUUUAAAUCUUUUUAAAGGGCAGCCUCUAUCAAGAAAAAUAUAUAGUAGUAGAAGCGUAGAGAUUGAAGUGAAGGAAGUCAGUGAUACCGAUCACUUGGCAUACACACACUGUAGUCUAAGAAGCCGGAAGUCCCUCUAGACAGCCACUAGAGGAGGACUUAACCCUGCAAGGUAAAUAUUGCAGUUUAUAAAAACUGCAAUAAUUACACUUGCAGGGUUAAGGGUGAUGGGAGUUGGCAUCCAGACCACUUCAAUGAGCUAAACAGUGCCUACAGCGUCCUUUUUAAGUGCUGCAACAAUGGUGGACUUCAGAGAUGAAUCCCAGUUAUAACAAUUUCCCCCACUUUAUUAGUCAAGACAGCAAACCGAAACAAGGAUAAAAUCUAAAUGUCAAGUCACAGAAAAAAAUAAUUUCACGUUACAUUCCUAUUUUCUCUAUUCUUCUUAAUCGGCAGUUAUCAAUCAGUUGUUUGACACAUUCUAAAAUGGUUUAACUACUUACUCCAAAUUACACCUAGUUCCAAAAGCACUAUAGCAAGUGCUUUAAUUUGCAUAAGGAGGUCUGGCUAAAAGUUUGGAGUUAUGCAAAUUAAAGCUGCAUAUUUUUUUUUCUCUUUAACAGAAAAUGAAGAGAAAAAAAUGAGAGUUAGGAAACCAAUACAUUUCAAUUGCACAGACUAGUAGAGAUCAAAUGCUAUACUAUUUUAAUCUUCUCAUAAUCUGUGGAACCAGGCAAUUUUGACUUCAAAGGGGUUCUCUAAAGCAAUAUAGGAAAAUCUCCUUGUGAUGAAUUGAAUGUUUACAUGGAUUGCUCCUUCUGGGAAAGCUCCUUAAUCUGUUUAGGUUCACUGCAACUUUUCACCAAGACAGACUAAUAUAGUAUUGUAUAUGUUUUUGCAGGCAAUCUUCUGUAUUUUCUUCUGGCAGCAACAUCACCAGUGCUUAGUAUUUUAUGUAUCCAUUAAUUUUUUUUUUUAUAUUAUAGUUUUCUCUCAUGUCUUCUUUAGGGCCUUCGUCGGGAUUACGGGUAACACUGAUGAAGGUCUAUCUACCGCAAAUAAUCUGAAAACAUUCAUUCAAUCAAUUGUCCCACUGUUAAUUGAGUGUUGGAUUGAGGAAUGUCCUGGAGAUAUUUCUGGAAACCUUCUUAAUCCUGUAUCACAUAAUCUUCUACAACAAGUGCUCAGCAUAAUUUCUCUUCUAUGGAAGUUUAGUGAACACCAAGAUGGAUCUCCAAAAAUGGUAGGAGAUUAAUUUAUUUAUCAGUUGGUUUCUAAGUUUUGACAUUGUGGAUCUCAUAUGCAUGGCGAUGGUUCUGAUCUGGAUGUUGAAGUCUGUCUGAGAGGAUAUGGCUAGGUGCCAAAAAUAAUGCAGUGAGGACAAAUGUAUUAAAACUCCCCACAGUGCAUCACCUGCAUGUUUCAAGUUGGACUUUGAGGGGUCCUUCUUGUUCAUUUCAAAGUUCAGUUUGGCUGAAUAUCAUCCAAGAAAUAACAUUUUGGCAACCAUACAGACAAACCAAAAAAACUGGCCAAUCAUUCAUGUUUUCUUUUGCCGAAUGUACACAUUGAUACAACCCUACAAAGCAGCUGCAGCACACAAGCACAACCAUAUGACAAUGCAAAAAAUAAAUUUAAAAAAAUAAUAGAACUGACACACAUAGGGACUUUAAAGUAUUGUCUUGGUACAGUACUCCUAAACGCUUGCCUCCCCCUGGUGUAGCGAUUAGUGUAGUCUCUCUGCCGCCUUUUAUUCUUUUUCCUGGAUUCCAUUUCACACUGGCUUGUCCACAUAGGAUUCCAUUUGGCAACAAGUAGCGAAAUCUAAUUUAAGGCAAACAUAUUUGCAUGAAUAAUUCCUUGAAUUUCUAUAUAACGUGCUUCUGAGAAAUGUAGAUAUAAACAAAGUGAAACAAAGAGUGUGUCUCAGAAGCGCCAUCAGUCUUUAGACAGCCAGAGUGUGUCUCAAUAAGACAAUAGUCAGGAAGGCAGUAACCUCUUAAAAUCUUUGCUUCUUUGUUGUUGUAGAAUAAACUGUUGUGUUAUAAGGAAAAAUUGAUUCAUCAAGAGAUGAGUAGGGACUGGUGUAUAGUUGAUAUAGUUGUGCCAUAAGCUGGACAGAUAUGUGCAAGACUAAAUGGGUCACCCAGUAUGUUUUAUGUUUGUUGUAUUUUUGAUUAUAGGAUGGAUGGCUUCGAACAAGUUACCUUAAAGAUUUCAAGCAUCAUUUUAUGAAAAAAUUUCCAUACUCCUUAUGUGAUGCCAUUAAACAGAAGAAAAAAAAAAUGAAAAGGUAAAAUUCGAACUUUUUACCUUUCCUUAAAGGACACUGAAGGCACUUUUAAUCUCAUGGAGUCCCCUGGAACAGUCCCUCAAUUCAGUGGUAAACAAUGAGCAGGUUUGGCUUUUCAUGGCAGUGCCCUAACUGGAGGUAUGGCUAAGGGGUAGUCAACCUUAUAAUACCUACCGCCCACUUUUGUGUCUUUGUUGAUAGUAAAAUGUCCUUACUGCCCACCUGUGACUCAGUAACUCAUUUUAUAGUGCAAGUGCGAAUCUUUUUUUUUUUUUUUCUUCUUUCUUUAUUGUCCCUUUUAAAAAAAAUAAAGUGUGUGAGGGGGGUUGCUGUGUGUGUGUGGGGGAGGUGGGGAUGCAUAGGGUCUAUGCUGUGUGUAGGUGGGUGAUAAGUGAAAAUCUAUCUUAAUGUCUCCCCCUGCCUUCUUCUUACCUUUUACCAGGCAGGGGGGAAAUAAUGCUGCAAGCCCUGGUUGUCCAGUAGUGGCAUGUUCACUUUACAAAAAUGUUCCAAAGAGAAGGAACCAAAAAGCAUUGGAUAACCAUUAGGAAUAAGAAAACACCUAAUUUAAUUCUGUGAACAACACAUACAAAGGGAAUCUAAGAGACAAUACCCUCACAUGUAAGUCAAUGCUAAUUCAUGGGAAAAUCCUUUUAUUAAAUGCUAGGAUAAAUGUUGAGUGGUAUGUCUACUAAAUGUCUCAAAGGGGGUAGGUUUACCACCACUGAGGAGGAUAAUAUAGAGAAGUAAAACUCUAUCUCAGUGUUACUUGUAAAAAUGAGUCAUAGUAUUCUAAUUGUAUCAAAAAUAUGUAUAUCUACUCUCUCAAAGUAGUAAGAAAGUUGCAGUAAAUAAAGUGUCAGAUACGGAUAAUUUACACAGGGACGUACCAAGAGUAGGAGACUAAGAGUCCUAUUACGAUCGUGCACACUUUACGUAUCUAUCAGUGAGUUACCAGACACCUAAGAUAAAAGAAAUCUCGCUGCUAGACUCAGGAUAACUAUUCCUACUGGCUGUUAGAUUUCUAUGAUGAUUAGAUACUGAUGGCUCAUAUAUAUAUAAUAAUAGUAGAUCCCUCACUCAAAGUUCCUUAAGGCAACGGCUGCCAUACAGUUCAAUACCUCCUGAGAUAAGUCUGAGAUAAACUAAAUCAGAUAACACAAAGUGCUACAUUAGUAAGCCGAAAAACACCAAAUGAAAAGUGAAAACAAAGUGUACAAUACGCCCGACACGCGUUUCGGCGCUACUACAAUGCGCCUUCGUCCAGGGCUAGUGUAAAGACAGGUUCGUACCCUUGUAAAUAUCGGCACCAAUUAGCUAAUACACGCCCAUUGGUUCCAUUCAACCAAUUGUAUUAUAUUUGGGGCGUGGAAAACAGGAUGGUGAUCCAAAUCCCCACCUCUUCGAUCCAGUCUCACAUGUUCUAUCCCAGCGAAGCGUAAAUCCUGUAAGCGGCCUGAAUGGUGUUCCCUUAAAUGCCUGGCGAUUGUUGUUUCGUUUUUGUGUUUAACUGAACGAAUAUGUUCUAAAAUACGUAGUUUGAAAUGUCUAAAGGUCUUCCAAACUUUUUUUUUUUUUUUACCACAGGAGCAGGUCAAAAGCUAAAACUACUCCUGUGGUAUUACAGUUGAAGAAAUACUUAACUUGGAUCUUAUUGUCAUCUGAACUAUCCUCCAUGGCUUUAGAGUCCCGUAGGACAAAUUUACACGCCACGCACUUGCCACAUUGGUAGAUGCCUCUUAGCGUGUUCUUAAGCAAUGGAUUUUAUAGGAGAUAGGUGACUUGGUACCAGAAAAUACUUAAGGUUCUCUUCUAGCAGUUAGUGAUGCAUUGGGAGUUAAAGGACCACUAUAGUGCCAGGAAAACAUACUCGUUUUACUGGCACUAUAGUGCCCUGAGGGUGCCCCCACCCUCAGGGUCCCCCUCCCGCCCGGCUCUGGAAAGGGGUUUAAACUUACCUUUUUCCAGCACUGGGCGGAGAGCUCUCCUCCUCCGUUCCGCCCCGUCGGCUGAAUGCGCACGCGCGGCAAGAGCUGCGCGCGCAUUCAGCCGGUCGCAUAGGAAAGCAUUAUCAAUGCUUUCCUAUGGACGCUGGCGUGCUCUCACUGUGAAAAUCACAGUGAGAAUCACCCAAGCGCCUCUAGUGGCUGUCAAUGAGACAGCCACUAGAGGAAACAGGGGGAAGGCUUAACCCAUUAAUAAACAUAGCAGUUCCUCUGAAACUAUGUUUAUAUAAAAAAAAUAGGUUAACCCUAGAAGGACCUGGCACCCAGACCACUUCAUUAAGCUGAAGUGGUCUGGGUGCCUAGAGUGGUCCUUUAAUACAUGUUUUAGGUGUGCAUCUUGUUUAAGUAUAGGAAGGCUGAAAUUGAUGGACGCAAGUCUCUUUUCAGCUAUGUAACUAUGUAAUAUAGGCCAAAAUUGGUUGAGUAUCAUUUUGGCCAGUCCCCACCCCUGAUCAAAAUCCGCAAUGUAUCUACUGAUCCUGUUUUUUGUUGGGUAUUUUUUUAAUUGGGUAACUAAAAUAAUAUAUGAGGGUGGUGCAGUAGGCAUUGCUUACCUAUAUUCCAGUAAGGCUUUUGACACUGUUUCACAUAGGCUUAUCAAUAAACUGCAAUCUUACGUUUGGAUUCCAAUAUUGUUGAAUGGGUAAGGCAGUGGCUGAGUGACAGGCAACAGAGGGUUGUAGUCAAUGGAGUAAUAGAUAUAAGCCAAAAGGCAAAUGAGUUGUGGCAGCUGACAUUUAAUGUGGAUAAGUGCAAGAUAACAUAUCUUGGACGUAAAAACCCAAGGGCAGAUUACAGAAUAUUUGAUUAGAGUCCUAACCUCAACAUCUGAGGAAAGGGAUUUAGGGGUAAUUAUUUCUGAUGACUUAAAAGUAGGCAGACAAUGUAAUAGAGCAACUGGAAAUGCUAGCAGAAUGCUUGGUUGUAUAGGGAGAGGUAUUAGCAGUAGAAAGAGGGAAGUUCUCAUGCCAUUGUACAGAACACUGGUGAGACCUCACUUGGAGUAUUGUACACAGUACUGGAGACCGGAUCUCCAGAAAGAUAUUGAUACUUGAGAGAGUGAGUUCAGCAAAGGGCUACUAAACUGGUUCAUGGAUUACAGGAUAAAACUUACAAGGAAAGGUUAAAGGAUUUUAACAUGUAUAGCUUGGAGGAAAGAUGAGACGGAGAAUAUGAUGAACAAGUUUUAAAUUAGAGGGGCAAAGGUUUAAAAAUAACAGGAAGUAUUACUUCCUGAUAUUUAUCAGGAAGUGUAGUGGAUGAAUGGAAUUAUCUCCCCUGCUGGCCUUAGACAAUGGCCAUCGAGGCCCACCUGGCUUUUUAGUGGGCGGUAGGGGCCAGGUUGACUACCCAUUGGUUACACACUUCCCUCUAGCCAUAUCGAUUCACACAUGCAAUGGCACUGAGGCUGAACUGGGUCAACUGACACUCCCAGUCAAGUACAGUUGCCCAUUGUUGCUGAGGCCAAUGCUACCUCCUUCUUAGACACUUGUUUAGAAUUUUACUAAAAUCUGAAUAAUGCUGAAUGGAAGUACAGUACCAGGGGACUCCAGAUACUAUAGCCUCUUCAAUGAGAGAAAGUAGUUACAUUGCCCCUUUAAAUCUGAACGGUGUUCUUGUUAACUCUUUGAAGUCUUUAUUUCAUUAUAGUGGCUCAUUGUGCAAUUCUGUGCAUUUUACAAGAUCACUUGAAUGUAGUGAGAGUGUUAAUUUUUCCUGUAUAGAAGUAUGUGCCUUAACUUUCAUCACGGGAAUGCUAUUUAUAACUCAAAUGCUUAAGGAACCAAACUAAACUGCUUCAAAUUCCAUCUAUACGUUGUGCUAGCAAUUAUGUGAUUGCUAUGGUAACUCCCUAGCCAAUGCUGCUUGUGCUGGUUAGGGAGUAUAGGACCUGAGUGACCUGAAUAACAAUGCCAGUGUGUUGGCAUCAUGGAGCAGAUUUGCCCUGCUUGGGCAAGUUUCCCUAAACAGGGCAGUCAGCAAUUAGCUAAGGAGGAGCCUGGUAAGUGGUGCCCAUUUCACUUUAACUACUAUAACUUAUACAGUUCUAUGGUUUUCUUUGUUUUCCUGUCAUCAUUUAGGAGACAUCUCUUCCUUUUCAGUGAUAAUGCAAAUAUACACCUCCCCCUGACAAAGUGCGUAUUGAGUAUUAUGGGGAAAUGAUACUUGCAUUAAGCUCCACUCUUUAUUAUUAUUUGUCAAGCAUUGGAAAAAUAUCCAAGACAAAGUAGUCUUUACUCUCUUAUGUAUUUAAAGAAAAAUAGCUUCUGAAAUAGGAGAGAAAAGGAAAUGACAGUAGAAAAGCAAUUUUGUGGUAGAAAUUAAAGCAAUUUCAUUUAUGCAAGUAUGACUAUGUUUAGAAAAUAUAUGUUCAUUUUAUACCACAGUAUGUUAAUUUGUGAACGAACAUAGCAAUUUGUAAUGUAUGGUGUUUUAUUUCCCCUCAACAGCAAAGACUGUGUACUUACAAACAAUGGCCUGGACAGUCUCUUAUUAAAUUUAACAUUGUGUGACAUCAUGGUAUCCCUUGCAAGUGCCACAACACUAGAAGAGGAUUCAGGAUGGUUAGCCAUGAUUAGAAUGUUUGUCAUAGACAAGCUGAUGCACGGAGCCAAGCUAAACUGCAAGCAAUUAAAAAGGUUGCUUGAGGUAACCAGCAGACUUCUAAAUAUUCAGAGGAAUAGAGGUAUGUGAGGACUUAAGAUUUAAAUAAUAAUUUUUAAAUUUGUGUUUUCAACUGUUGCAUUCUAUUGUAAUUCACUUUUGGUUAAUCUUUCUUAAAUUGUUAUAGUUCUGCCUGGUUUAAUGUUAAAAUCUGAGCACAAAAAAAUGAAGCUGAGCAAAACGCCACAAAAUAGAUUUUUAAAAAUGAUCUAUGUGCAAAAAGACAAAAAAAAGCAAGAAAAGAACCGAGAGAAUACAAGCAAAAAUAAGUAAAUGGACCACACAGCUCCAAAUCAGUGAUCUAAAAAAAAUAGAAUAUCACUUAAAUGUCGCUCAACAGGAAAACAAACUACCAUACAAUGCUCAUAGAAAAAUAAUUACGUUUCCCAAAAGCACGAUGUGCAACGAUAAUGAAAAAUUGGCUUUUUAAACAAAUAAAAACAAUGUUUUGCAAUAUGCAAAGUAAACUGGAAACUGGCUGUGCAAUCCAAAGUGUCUGAUUUUUCUAUAUUCCAAAAUAUAAUAAAAUGUAUCUAAAGAAUGUAGCAGUGGCUAUUGGCUACAUUAAUUAUGUAGUCAUAGGAGUUCGCCCUAAAGCACAAACACACACGCAAUGUUAAACACAAUACACACCCCAGGCAAGCCAUAAGACUUGCUUUUACCAUAGAAAUCACACUAACUAACAGUGCUCUCACUACAGCAAGGGAUUCUGGGUAGGCAUAUGCAAAUUAGCUCAACAAAGAACCACAUUUGUGCCUCAUAAUUAAAGGAUUGUACUAUUAUCAUGACGGAAAGUCAUGAUUUUAUUAAAGACACAGAGGCAAGUAUUAUGCUGCACUCUUUCUUUAAUUCCCUCAGCAGCAAAGAAACAUUAUUUGAAAAAGAUAACAUUAGAACAGAUAUAAACAUCAUAAUGAUGAUGUCCGCCUAGCAACAUGACCCUCCAAUCAGUGACAUCCGUCUCCUAUAGUAGGCGGAGCAUUGAUGACCAUUUCCUCUUUCUUGCGAAUCCCGAAGAAUAAAUCAACUCCGAACAAGGAACGGACAAACAAACCGGAACUAUGCCUGUGCUUCAGAGACUUCGUUCAACCAAAUCAUGCCAAAAGAAACAAGAAAAUAUGGGAAUGUCCAGAAAUCGAGGUUUGCCAGCAUAUAUAGAGGACUGGUCGUCUGAUUAAACAUUGAUCAUUCAUAAAUGUAGUAUGAGGAAACUACCAGCCUGAAGAUGACAGUGACAAAUAAAGUCCAUCAUUAAAUAAUGCCCUAGAGCAAUGUAGAAAUGUGAUGGCAUCAGUAGCGUCAAAUUGAACUUACCAAGGGGAGGUCUGUAACUUACCUUAACAUCCAAUCCGUCCAAGGGCGGGUGGUUGGGAUAAUACUCGCCUCUGUGUCUUCAAUAAAAUCAUGACUUUCCAUCAUGAUGAUAGUAAAAUUCUUGAAUUUUAUUAAAGACUCCUAUUAUGCUAUUUCAAAGCUGUGAUAUCACGGCUUCUGCGAAAUGCUGGAUUGGUUUGAAAUAGAAGUUACGGAAAGUAGAUUCCGUGGACCAAUCAGAUACUUUGGAGGCCAUGGCAUCGCGAACUGAAUGAUGAGAAAAUAUGGAGGUAUCAAUGCCUGCCAAGGACAUGAGCCACUUGACCCAGUGGGCCAGGGUGGGAGAGAAUACCGGAGCAUGCGGUUUAUGAAAGGAGAUAAAGAGCUGGGGUUCCAAACCAGUCCGGAGGGGUGUGGUACGAGCUUCGUACACCCUGAGACACGCUACCCGGCAGAGGAGUGGCGUUGUGGGGAAAGCCGCAUAUCAGACCGACCGGGAGGAUGAUUUUGUCCUCUGCGAGAUGUCAAAAAUGACUCAGUCUGGGGAGAAGGAGCAGGCAUUGACAUAGAGUGCUCUAACGUCUGAUACUCUUUUUACAUGAGAUUAGGCACAAUAGCAUGACCAGUUUAGCCGAGAGUUGUUUCAGGGAUAAAGCCUCGUUGUCUGGCCACAUAGUCAGGAAGUUCAAUACCAGGGAGACGUCCCAUAGGGAUAAAUAACGAGGUAAAGGUGGCCUUGCAAAGCGGAUGUCGCGGAGGAUGCGACAGACAAGUGGGUGUCGCCCUACCGGGGUACCGUCAAUGCCGGUGUGGCCGGCUGAAAUCGCUGAGCGGUAGAGGUUUACCGUCCGAUAAGCUUUUCCAUUCUCAUAGUGGGAAGUUAAGAAUUGGAGGACUGUUGUCACAGGAGUUGAUAGGGGAUCCACACCCCUUGACACGCACCAAUCAUCCCAUGUGCGCCAAGCAGACUUGUAAGACUGUCUCGUGCCGGGUCCCCAUGCGCCCUUGAGAAGUUGGAAUCGAUUGCCCAGGGUCCCCGGAAAUUAACCAUGCCGUGAGGCGAAGGAGACCCUGGAGGGUCAGGGGGUGGUGGCUCCCGUCUGGUUCCCGCAGGAGGGAGUGGGAGUCCGGGAGGAGUCUUGGGCGAUCUAUAGCCAUCUCUGGUAAUGGAGGGAACCAGUGUUGGACAAUCCUGGUAGAUAUUCUGCUCUGACAGCAAUGUUGUGUUGAAGGAAAAAUUGCCAGAAGUCUCGAGACAGAUUUGCUUGGACUUUGGACCUCGUGCCUCCCAGAUGGUUUAUAUAAUGGACAGCCGAGAUGUUGUCCAUCUUCAACAGAAUUGAGCACUGGGAUAGGGUCGGGGAUAGGUUGCGAAUCGCAAAGGACCCCGGAAAGCAAUUUAUAUGUAAGGUAGACUCUAAUUCCGACCAUCGCCCGCCUGUGGAGACAUCUCCGCAACGAGCUCCCCACCCGUAAGAGCUCGCGUCUGACUCUGACUACAUCUGGAGCUGAACCGAAAAGGGCUUUGCCAUUCCACGGCUCCAUGUGUAGGAGACACCAGUGGAGUUCUUCCUUUGCUUCUGCAUCUAGUGUCAGAGAAUCCUCGUAUGAGGCACCGCUCCUGAGGUAUGAUGCCUGUAGGCUCUGUAGUGAAGGGGGCCUGGAAAUAUGGCCUGUAUAGAGGCAGCCAGGAGCCCGAUGACACGGGCCAGGUGCUUGAGAGAUAGUUGAGGGGAGGCCAGAACACACCUUAUCUCUUUUUGAUACUCCUCAUUUUGGAGGUAGGUAAAAAUAGGGUUUGCAUCACCGAAUCCACCAGGAGGCCUAGGAACUCUAUUUACUGAGUGGGAUCUAGUAUGGAUUUUCCCCAGUUGAUAAUGAAUCCCAGGUUCUGUAGUAAGGUUGUGGUCCAACUGAGGUGAGUAUGCAGUAGGGGCACCGAUUGGGAUAGCAGUAAGAUGUUGUCUAAGUAAAUGAUUAGACGAAUCCCCCGACUGCGUAGAAGCGCAAUAACUGGUUUCAUGAGCUUGGUGAAGCACCAAGGAGCAGAAAAGACCGAAGGGAAGGCAGCGGAACCGCCAUUUCCUUCCUUGCCAUGUGAAUUGCAGGAAAUCCUGAUGGGCCUUCGCAAUGGGCACUGUGAAAUAAGCGUCUCUUAGAUAGAAUUUUACCAUCCAGUCUGAUGGUUGGAGCAAAUCCCGUAGUCAAUGAAUGCCUUCCAUUUUGAAAUGGUGGUAGCUUACAUAGGAAUUUAGGUGUUUGAGAUUGAUGACUGGGUGGGUACCGCCACCCUUCUUGGGGACAAUAAACAGGUUGCUCACAAAACCCGAGGAUUUCUAGAAUAGCCCCUUUGAGUACCAACUCUUGGAUUUCCUCGGAGACGAGCAUUGUGUUUACUUUAGGGUUAAUCCUCUAGUGGCUGUCUCAUUGACAGCCGCUAGCGGCGCUUCCGCGCUUCUCACUGUGAUUUUCACAGUGAGAAGACGCCAGCUUCCAUAGGAAAGCCUUGUGAAUGCUUUCCUAUGUACUGGCUGAAUGCGCGCGCAUUCUGCCGAUGACGACGUCGCUAUGGAGGAGGAGGAGGAGAGUCCCCCGCCCGGUGCUGGAGAAAGAGGUAAGUUUAACCCCUUCCUUUGUUUUAUGUGCCUAAUAUAAUCACCUAAAGUCUCACCUUGCCCAGCCCGCAUAGUGGGCUAUGUUUUGCAAGGUGUUAUACCAACUAUAUGUCCACACAUCUUUCCUACAUGAUAACAGAAGGGCAAAAUCUCCUUUUAAUCCCACAUCCCUCCACCCAUAGGCUCCAGGGGCCGCUUUUUUCAAUCUAUUUUGCAGGUACCCAGUACCUGUACACUAUUCUGGACAUAGUUAUUUUUCUGUUUUAUGUUCGAAACCUUUCUAUUUUUUUAUUUUUUUUGGUAUCUGCCUCGAUAAGCACAGACCGACAACCUUCCAGUAGCCAUAAAUGCGCCUUCACUCUAAUCUCUCUAGCUAAGUCAUGGCAACCAAAAGUUGUAAAAUACAACUCCUAUGACAUCACAUUACCCAUGUUUCCCUUGAACAGCACUAUUCGAAGCCCUGCAACAUUUCUUCCCCAACCCUACAGAGACACCCACUGCUAGAGACCACUAGAUUUGAGAUGCAUGAAAAUUGUUCAUAAAAUGGCACAACCUUCAUGUAUGUACUGGAUGGAGGGGGGGUCCUGGCUGGCCUGGAUGGACACAUUCCCCUUCCCACACAGAUGAUCCACAUGACUCUUGCCAACAACGCAAUCCGUGAAUUAUUUCUAUGGCUAUAACAUUUUUCUCCCUUAAUGCUAAGGGUCUUAAUUCCCCACACAAAGUACUCCUCAGCACAAGUAGCUAGUGCUGUGUUCAUCUCUAAACCAUUCUAAAUCACAAAUGGCACCUGUCAGGGUGCCCUCUCUCGCCCCUGCUUUUUAUACUGACCCUGGAAAUAUUAGCAUAUCAAAUUAGGACCAACCCAAACAUUACCGGCAUUGGCAUACAAGACAUAGACUGUCUCUCAAUGUUUGCAGACGACCAUCUAUUGUCCAUUGACAACCCUCCAGAUCCCUUCUGGCCAUUCUGCAUAUUCUUUACAACUAUGGCAAACAGACUAACAGAAGGACAGGUUGAGAAAUUCCACCUAUGGGCACCUGUCUCAUCUCUACAAAAUAUCUCACCUUGGCUGUCUGUCAAUAAAUGGCACAAACUGGGCAUUACACACACAGAACACUUUUAUGACUCACUGUUGACAUUCCCAGAACUACAAUCACACUAUACAGUUUCAAACGCAUGUGUUUUCUUAUAUUCAAUUAAGAAGUAUACUAUCUAGAUCAGGGGUGGGCAAUCUGCGGCACUCCAGAUGUGUUGGACUACAUCUCCCAUAAUGCUCUUAGGGCCGUAAUGCUAGCAGAGCAUAGAGGGAGAUGUAGUCCAAAACAUCUGGAGGGCCGCAGACUGCCCACCCCUGCUCUAGAUGGGUUCAACUCCAAUCACCUUUCGAACCCCAACUACUAUAUGAUAGAAUUCUAUAAACGAUGCCGCGCAUCACCAAUCAAACCUAAAGCCCUCUCGUUAUGUUUACCACCACAAAACUUUACAUACAUAUCCCAGUGGAGGGUGGAAUGUAACCUGGCUCCAGACGCCUCAAACUGGAAUAAAAUACUUCACGCCCUCAAAGGCCUGACAACUAUUCUCACAAUGAAGCCCACAAGAAAUUAAAAUACAGGCGGUACUUCACACCCAGCCACCUACACAAACUUUUCCCUACAGUGCCAGCUACAUGCUGGUGAUGUGGAGAGGGGGAAGGCAACAUGAUCCACAUAUGGUGGUGCUGCCCCACUCUCAAACAUUUGUGGUCCAGGGUUCAUUUUCUUUUUCACAACAUGCACUUCAGGGAUAUCCCCGUUACACCACUUACCCUCCCCCCUUCCCCCCCCCCCUUAUAUAUAUGAUUUGAUGUCUGCCAUCAUCCCAAAUCAAUCUACUCAAAUUAGAACCUUUUGGUAACCUUGGCUAGACUACAGAAGCAAAACUCAAAUAACCACGAGCACCUCAACAUGACUUAUUGGCGUGCUCUAACAUCCACGCUCCGAAUCCAAAAAGCAAUCACAAAGAACCACCAUCUAUACAUUCGUCCUUUAAUUUGUUUCUUUGACUUUACUAUGUUGAGGUUCCGUAAAUUAUUGAUAUACCUCAACAAAACGAUUCUAUAUGGGUUAGCCCUACUCACUCAUUUAUUUUAAGCGUACCGAUCGCUCACCACCGACCCUGUUAUAGAGAUGGCACAUUACAUGCCCUAGUUAAUUUCAUUACACUACACAAUGAUCGCAAAUUUAGGACGCAAGAGAUACCUCCUCUCACUUUUUUUCUUUUUCUUUUUUCUUCUUCUUUACUCCCUGUAUAUAUACACCCUUCGUAAUUCUGUAGAGGUUUCAAUUCUGAUGACCCAUAUCCGCUCCACCACACGUGUACUGAAUUUGAAUGUUAGAUGCGUAAUAUGUAUGCCAUACCCCAAACUUUUAUUUUUUUUGUACCCCACUAUUGAAUAUGAAAACUCAAACUGCUAUUACAAAAAAGAAUACAAAGUUGCAUUCCUAACACUAUAGUGCUCUCUGGGCCCCCCUCUCCCUGUGACACAUAAAGGGUUAAAAACCCAUUAUUUGCUCACCCGAUUCCAGUGCCGAUAUCAGUCUUGACAUCCAAUUGGGUGUGGGGGGGAGGGGAAGCACCUUAGGCCCUCCUUAUAAGAAACUUUGCCUCAAUCCUACAGGGUUUUCGCGGACGCUGGGUGUCCUCCUGCAGAGCGUGAAGACAGCCAGUGUCCUGUAAGUUUCCGGAAGCGCUUCUAGAGGCUGUCUAGUACACAAUCACUAGGGGCUGGCUUAGUCUGGUUUCUCUAAAGCUGCAAAAUUUUACAUUGCAGGACUAUGGGGAACAUGGCAGUGCACCCAGACAUCUUCAAUGAGUUGAAGUUGUCUGGGUGCCUAUAGUAUCCCUUUAACACUGCGUAUAUUUGUUUAUAAAGCCUAUCUGUGUGUUCCAAGGAUUUUAUCUUUGCAUAUUUGUGUUUUUGGGUAACUUUUUUGUUUUUCUAUGAACAUUGUAUGGUAGCUAGUUUUCCUGCUGAGUGUUACUUAAGUGAUAUUUCCUCUUUUUAUCAAUCUUUUGAAGCUGAGUUGUCUAUUUACUUAUUUUCUGCUUGUAUUCUCUUUUUUUUUUCUGUUCUAUCCUGCAUUGAAAUUAGUAAUAUUUUGAUGCCUCUAUGGUUCCCCAUACAUUUUGGUUUGUAUUAAGUUUUGUGUGUAUCCGGUACCCGUUUGAUGCUCUUACCUUCUUUUUAAUUUCCUUUGCGUUAUUUCAUCCUUGACUUUCUUUGCUAUAAAUCUGUUUUGAGGCAGUUGUGUACUGCAGGGCUCAAAAUGUAUAAAUGCCAAUAAUAACUCAAGCUGUUAUUCCACCCUAAAAUAUGAACUUUUUUUCAACAAGUUAAUUGUAAAAUAAUUUAACAAAAUUGUAGAAGUUUGGGCAUUAUCAGCUUUCUUAACCUCAAAGUAAACAAAACAAAAUGUGAGCCAGAGUAUUUAUUUUGGUGUUCCUUGAAACAGAUUUUGUUAAAUACAACCUAUUUAAAAAUAGAAAAUGAUGCAAAAUUAAUGUAUGGAAGUUUCUGAAUUAAGUUGUAUUGUACUCAUGACUGCUUGCAGCCCAUAAGGGUGGAGGGAAGCUUGCAACAACUCUCUGCUUCCUGGUGGAAUCAGAACCUGGGGCUUUACCUGCAAUACUGAGCUCUGUCACGUGAAGCGCUGUGCUUGAUAAAGUUAUCAUGAGACAGCUCCCCAGUGCUUAAAAUCAGGCCUAAAAUGUAUAGUACAGUGAUUUAAGUAGAUGAAUAUAUAAAUGCAUGUUGUAGUGAUCGUGCAACUAAUUAAAUAAUUGAUGUUUUGUUUUAUUUAGCGGCCACGGAAAAAUUGAUUCAUGCAGUGUACAUGAUGUAUCAGCAGAAGGAUUUACUUUUUCCUGUGCGUUCAAUGCUACUGAAUUUUUUUAAUAAGGUUUACUUAAAGGAAGAGGAUAUGUGUCUCAAUCUGGGGAGGUAAAUAUGUGUACAUCUGUGUACUAAUUUGCUAGUUUUCCAAUUAUCUGAGCCUACUGCCCAUGAAAAUACUGUAUCUUGCAAAUUUAGUACUUUGCCAUUUGUCUUUUAUGAUGGUCUAUAAUAGCCUUAUGCAUUGGGAAUAUCUGACUGCAAAAAAUACAUUUUGUUCUGUGUACCAGAUGUUUUGGCAGGGGUAGUUGAUUAAAUGGUUACACAUACAUUGCUAAAACAUUUGGUAUGUUCUUUGUAAUAUAUUUAAAGAAACCUGUAUGUUCUUGCUCGUAAUUAUUUAAGCAUAACUAGUGCUUAAAGGAUCACAAACAUGUAGACCAUAUAGUGAAAACCCACCAUUUAGGUGGCUUGUCCCCCCCUCCCUUAGCCCCCUCAGAAUGGGUUAAAACUCACCUUAUUUUCAGCUCUCCACGGGUCUACCGGCGCUGGUCCCGCUCCCUUGGUUACAUCAUCAAACUUGCCGAUUUUUAGGCAAUCUGUGGGUAAACCAUUUGGCUAAAAUCGGCACGGGGUGGGGCGGGGCCAAACGCUGUUUUGGCCAAUCAGCACCUCCUCAUAGAGAUGCAUUGAAUUGAUGCAUCUCUAUGAGGAAAAUUCAGCUACUUCAUGCAGAGCGUGGGGAUGCUGAAUGGCAGGGCUGCUUACUGUGCAGCCCUGAGCUAGGAAGCACCUCCAGUGGACAUCUAAGAAAUGGCCACUUGGAGGUGUCCCUAGGGGCAAUAUAAACACUGCCUUUUCUCUGAAAAGACAGUGUUUACAUGAAAAUGCCUGAAGGGAGAUAUUCUACUCACCAGCACAACUACAUUAAGCUGUAGUUGUUCUGGUGACUGUAGUGUCCCUUUAAUAGUACUGAUGUUUGCUUUCCUUUGUAAGCCCCUAAAAGAAUGUAUAAAGAGUUGUUACUCCAGGAACGAGUUUGACUUAAAGGAAAGAUAUUUGCUCAAAUCAUGAGUGUCCAAGUUCAUUCUUGGAGCAUCCAGCAUAUCUGUAUUUUAUGGGUCAGAAAGUUUUCACUACAUAUUCCAAAGUGUAGAUAAGAGAAUGCUGUAGCACCCGCAGUAGUUCUUUCUGGAAAUACUCUCCUCUGUGUUCCUCAAACUUUCAUAAGAGUUCUACAAUUAAGAAUCUCUUAACUUCAAACAAGGAUAAAAGUUUGGAUCCUCAGGAUAUUAAAGUAACAGUCCCUUAUCAAAAUUGUCCUGUAUAAACUUUAGCAUGCCUGUGACUGAAAAAUAGUAGAAUCAUGGUUGUCCCACUCAACGGAAGCUGGCCACAGUAGAAAGCUAUUGAUGUAGAUUGCUCCCCAGGGCAACUCUUUUGUGGAGCACAUAUAAGUGAGAGAGGCGAAUGUGCCCGUAACCUGUUUUGUUUUUAAUGUUUAUUUUUCUCUCUUCUCCAUUUUGUUGCUUGAAAACAUUAAAACAUGUAUAUAUUUUUUUAUUUUUUUUUAAAUAGAAGCAGAAGCAAAGUUUUAUCUCGUUGGCUUGCUAACCUUCCUCUGCAACUUGCUCAGCUGGGCUCCAAAAACCCUAAUCUUUCCGCAUUAAUGAUUGAAACAAUCUAUACUGCUGCAUCUCGUUCAAACAAAGAAUUACUGCAAAGCCUUCAGAGCACUGCUUGUGAAAUUUAUGGUAUAUACUACUUUUAUGUUUUCUUAAUUUGAACUGUAUUUUAGUAACAUCAGAAAAUACAGACUUUGGACUGAGAUAAUCCCAUAUAUCUCUAUUCUCCCGGGUAUAGUAUGACACCCACACAUAUGUUAAUUCUGGAGUGUUUCCAGCCCAGGGUAGUUCCUGUCACAAACCUAUUACUAAAUGAAGAUAUAUUUCACAAAAAUUAUGCUCAUGUAUCCUAGCAGUUUAAUUAUUAAAAAAUAAUAAUUUUAGUGUAUUGUGAAUAUGACUGUGUAUAUUUAGGUCCUACAUUUACCCCUUCAUUGUCUAUACCCAUUUUGAAGGUAUAUUAUCAUACCCCAGAACUGGGCAUACACAAUUUUACAAGUGAAAUUAGUUUACAGCUAACACAUUUUGUUGGCACUUGUUGCCCUAUGGUUGGAUUGGCAACCUUUGACUUGCCAGAUGAUGGAAAUGUAGUCAACAACAUCUGAAAAGCUGGAGGUUGCCUGCUUGACCCUGAUAGGGACCCAGGUGUGGCGAAAGCUGCCUCGCCACUGGACAUUUGAGAGGCCUGGUUGCCCGCCUCCUACCUGCUGACUAUGGCCCCUUGUGAAUUUGUACUUUUGAAUGCAAUAUUUGGGCAUAUGGUAUUUUAUAUUGCUGCUACUGGCCCUUUAAGGGCCAUCCGUGGACAUAUUAUGACUGUUAGGAACAAUGCCCUUUAAGACUGUGUAGCAGAUUGCAUUCAGGCUGUAUUUAAUAUUAUGUGUUCGGUAAACGGUGUUAUGUGUAUGCAGCAUUCGCCUGAUUGUUCGGUAGAAUCACUCCAUUCAUUAUAUUGGGUGAAACUACCAAACAACCAGACCACCCUGGAGUAAGUGUGCCUCCAAUUACUGUUUGCAACAAUGUUGCAAACGGGUAAUUGCCAAUCUGUGUAAUGUGUUCUUUGUCCUCUGGGGGGCCGCCAUUCGGGAAACGAACACGUGGCGGCCGCCAUCUUAAACUCCCGAACAGCGGUGUUUUGCCGUCGAGUGUCUGGAACUAAAAUCGGACACUCGACUAGGCAAACACCGCUGAGACCUCCAGACUUCCAUGAAUUUGUGUGGAAACUACCGAAUGACCCGCCGUUCGGUAGAAAGAACCCCACGAACAAGGGAAUUCGUUUAAACCCUCCCCAGGCUCUACAACCCAGGCAAUUCGUGUGUUUCAUUCAUUGACCGACUGCAGGGCCAAAAUACAUGGAACUAUUUUCGGAUACUUUUGUCAUGCAGUCGGUCAAAACUUUAACCCUCCAUAAUUCCCGAACCCCUGGUCCGAUCUGGGUGAUUUUUGGAUAUGUGUCUCACCCAGAUCAGGGCUACCAGGGGAUGUAACAUUUAAAGGGGUAACCCUAUGUUUAAGGGUACAUCCAGUAUCCCAGGGAAUUUGUGUCUGGACUAAUGGGAUUAUGUGUCACGCUAAGGGGAGGAGAUGUGUGGGGUAACUGGUACAUUAUUGGCUGGGGUACUAAUUGUUGUGGAUCCCUCCCUUGCAUGGGAGAAUAUCUUAAAAGGAGGUUGUGUGAAUAAAUCUUGAGAUUCUGCUUAACCCUCAAAAUGAAGUGUCGUCUCGUUAUUGGGGGAAUUGGAUUGUAUGCUGACUGCCAGGAGUGUAACCCUUUCUUAUGGUUUUCCUGUUUGGAUAUUUCCAUUGUUCAUGUGUUUCCAGUUCGGGAGAUCGGUGCUUAUAGUAGCUGUCGGUGUAGCUGAGAAAGGGGAAUAUCGCCUAAACUGUUUUUAACCUCUGGUGAGCAAAACGGUCCGUUACACCAGGCAACAGAGUUGGCGCUAACUUCAAAAUCAUUUUGCUCUUCAGUUUCACAUCUCCACUUUUGGUUUUUGUAAAAAGGAAAUCUCUGCAUAAGUUAUACUUUUCAGAACAGUUUUAUAAUUUUAAGAAAACUUUUGAUCAAUAUCUUCUUUCUGUGAAAAUAGAACAUUGCUAAGGAUGCAGGUUUAUGUAGCAUAAAGCUGCAAAACUUUUUAUUUAAAGGGACUGUGACAAAACCGUUAUUUUGCCUUCCCAGGGGCUAUUCUCCGUCACAGUUCAGGAAUCUGCCUAAACCUUGCUUUUAUACUUUUCCCUCAUUCGGUGCUUCAAAUUGCUGAACACCGACCACCCCCCACCGGCUCAUUAAGUACAAAGAAAUCUGCAAGAACUAAGUGCUGUCUCUGUAUGUCCGCCGUUCGUAUAACCAAACGACACAUGGUGGAGAAAAUGGCGGCCAUCUUCUCGCAUGAAAGCAGGCAGCGGGACUUGGUUGUAGAGUGUUUGGAACUCCAAAGCGGACAAUCUAUGGCGCGAACACCGGCAAAACUAUGCCAACAGCUGCUUCUGUUCGCGACAAGCCAGGAGAGCGCUGUUCUUUACGUUUGUUCGUACAGACCUCACGAACAAACACUACCACUGAGCCAGGGGAACAGUUCACCCUUUCGUGUGUUUUGGAACUCCCGAACAUGACUAACCGCUACCUCUAAAACUGUGAAACUAUUUUGGGCAGGUGCCUCGUGAGCAAUCUGUCAAAACUUCUCCCAGGUGGCAAAUCAGCUAGAAUAGUGGGAUCUGAGCUCCAUUUAUACAUCUUGGGCGCUCAGAUCCAGGCUAUCCGGGGAUGUAUAGACUAUGGGGAUUCCAUUUUUAUGUUAAAUAUGCAUUUUGGUGUGUUUUCUGUAAAUUGGCAUUUUUGCUUAGUCAUGGUGACAUGGCAUUUUGUGGGUGUGUUUGUGAGAGUGCCAAGUUGAAAAGUUGUGGCCUACAUGGAUUGGAUUAGUUGUUCCAGCACAUUUCAGAGAUGCUUAAUCGGAUUGAGAUAUGGGGAAUUUGGAGGCCAAGGUAACAACUUGAACUCUUUGUCAUGUUCCUCAAACCACUUCUGACCCAUUUUUGCAGUGUGACCGGGAACAAUGUUUUCCCAGCAGGACAUUGCCCAAAACAUAACACUGACUCCACUGGCCUGCCUUCCUCCCAUAGUGCAUACUGCUGCCAUCUCUUCCCCAGGUACCCACAACACACAUGCACCCGGCCAUCCACCUGAUCAGACUGGCAACCUUUUUCCAUUGUUCCAUGGUCAGUUCUGACACUCAUGUCCCCAUUGAAGGCAUUUUCGUUAGUGGACAUUGAUACUUUGACCAGUCUGUGGCUUCAUAAUGCACUGCGUGUUUUGACAUCUUUCUUUGAUGGUCAGCAUUACGUUUUUCAGCAAUUUGAGCUAAAGUAACUCUUCUGUGUGAUCGGACCACACGGGCUAGCCUUUGCUCCCCAUGUGCAUCAAUGAGUCUUGGGCACUUCUGACUCUGGCUCACCAGAUGUCCUCACUUGCAGUAGUAACUUCUGCAUACCGGGAACACCCCACAAGACUUGCUGUUUUGGAGAUGCUCUAACCCAGUUAUCUAGCCAUCACUAUUGAGUCCCUGUCAAAGUCGCUGAGAUCUUCGCUUGCUCACUAUUCUUACUUCCCACAGAUGAAAUUCAAGAACUGACUGCUUACGUGCUGUCUAAUAUAUCCCACCCCUUGACAGGUGCCAUUGUAACAAUAUAAUCAAUGUUGUUCACUUCACUUGUCAGUGGUUUUUAUGUUGUGGCUAAUGUCUUCUGCAGCUCUUUACAUUUAUAAAUUGGGGUUAUAACUGAAAACCACUAAAACAAGCAAUUCCAAAUGUUAAUAUGAAACAUUUUUUAAGGUCAUAAAAACAUAGGUUUUUAAGGACACUGUCAAGCUACAGUCAAAAGAAAUUGAGGUAUAAAAACACAAGAGGAAGAGCAAGAUGAGUGGUAAGUUAUACAGUUGAGUGCAGGACAGCAGAAAAGUUGGAAAUUAUGGGUGUGAAUUUGACUGUGGUACCAAUAGUAUGUUGGAAAAGGGAGCAGAUGGUAUUAAGAAAUGAAAAUCUGGUAUAAUAUGUAGUCUAAAUUAAGAUAUAAGCAGCCCUUACGCAAUCCUGUAUGCAAACGUUAAGAAAUACAAAUAAUAUAAUGUUUGUUAUAUCCCAUCAGUUUGUACUGCCACAUUUUCUCACAAUAUAAUUAAACAGUUUACGAUGUCUUCCUUUCUGCUUGUUAGUGAUAACUGCCCUAUAAACAGUAGGAUGACUACCCAUCAGUUAAUACUGCUACUAAGACUUGGUAUAGGAAAAAAAUAAAUGUUUCACGAUAUUGUAAAUGGCGUUUUAAUAAAUUUCAUGUUUAUUUUUUUUAUAUAUAUAUUUUAUUUUUAUUUAUUUUUUCUUGUAUCCAGAUCCACAAGGUGGCGCUUUUGUGCUUCUGCCAGCUGAAUCACAGCAAUUUUUGGUACAGCUUUUAUAUUUUUUGCCAUGUAUAUCAUCAGAUUUACUUGUUUGUUUAAACCGAUGCUGCAUUACUGAAAAUAUUCCAUCUAAUCUUGUGUCAAUGCUUAUUGGAAUAUUACAUAUUAGGUGAGUUAAAAUUUUUAUUUAUAUUGCAUUGUUUCUUUGGGCCUGGUUUGUGCUGUGAAUAAAUAGUUAGCCAGUAUUUAACUAAAGUGUUUUUACAAAUACAGCCUGCACAUUUUAUGACUGUCUUCUAAUCAAAACUGGCAGUCAAGAGUAAAUGUUACUGUAAAAAGUGUAGAAUGUAGUAUUACAAAUGUUUGUUUGGCGUCUGUGUUAGAGGGAUUUUACCUAUAAAAUUAUAUACAUAUGCCUCCUUCCAUUUCUGCUGGAGCUAUUAUGCAUGACACAAAACAUUUUGCCACCACAGCAUAAUUUACCAUAAUUCUGAUAAAACUUAUUAAGCCUUAUACGUAAAUUUUACUACUAUACCACCAUACACUCCCAGGAACCAGUUUAUAGCGUGUGACUUAAAAAAAUAAAAAUUGCGUUGGUAUGUUGUGGUUUUGGUUUUUUGGUUUUUUUUUUUUGCUUGCUUUAUUUUAUAUAAAAAAUAGUAAGCAAGCAAAAAAAAUACAUGAACAAAACAUACAACAGUCUGCAUUUUAUUCUUGUUUCAUAUCUUUUGUUAAUGAACCUGGUAUAUGCUGUCACAGCUUCAUAAGCCUACUAAUUUUGUACCUCUCUUCUAACAUUGGAGUUUCCAAGUGAUAACUAUAGCCAAAAAUGUUUUCUUUGAAGCACAACUUGGCUGUUCUGGAUUGCCAUGUUAUUGGUGUCCUGUUCUACAUGAUUUUUAGUCAGUGUAUGUAGCUAACUCAGCAAGAAACACAUAAGAAAUCUUGAAAACUAACUGGAUCACUUAAGAAGACUAUUAAAUUGCAUAUGUUUAUAUUUGAUACUUGAGCCAAAAAUCUGCUCCACUUAUUUUUGAUGAGAUUCUCAAACUUAGAACAUUCAGUGCAAGAUACAGAGAAUGGGUAAUGUAUUAAAUUAUGGCCUUUAAAGGGAUACUCUAAGACUGUUUACUUUAAAAGUUUGAAUCUUUAAUACUAUUAAUUGAAAUGUAAUAUCACACAGGAGGCUCCAGCAAGAUAUUAAGUGACCAGGUGAUAAAACAUUCUAAAUUAAACAGACUGUGCAGUAAAAGGCAGGGAGGCUGUGUAGGUCACGCACAGGGAGGUGUGACUAGGGCUGUAUAAACAAAGUGGUUUAACACCUAAAUGGCAGAGAAUUGAGUGGUUAGACUGCAGUUAGAGCUACUUUAUAUUAAAGUUGUUUUGGUGUUUAUAGGAUCCCUUUAAGCAAACAGGAUAGAGGUGGGCAGUUGUGCAAGUGCUUAAGUUAAUGUAAAUAAAAUCUGAAGAGCACUGCUGAAGAAUCUGAUUGAACAGACAUUUUUAAGAUGGAAUGAUCACAUUUUCAAGUACUAAAUAGGAAUUGUUUUCUUUAGAGGUGAAACGGUUUUCUGCUUUGGUCUAGCCUUUUACUUGCAAAUCAUACUUAAGGAGAAAAUAAAUGUAAGCUUAACAGCUGCAAAAGAUGUUUACUAUUGACAUCUCAAUUAUAUGAUCUAUAUUGAAACGUGUUUUUUAAGAACAUGUUAUUACUUUAAUUAUUCUUUAUUAUCUUUAUAUUACAGGUCCCCAUUUGCAUGCUGGACACACCAGUCACAGGAGAGUGCAAUGAAUGAAACAGAUUAUUUCAGUUUUUUGUUCUCAACCCUAAUAGGUAGAAUACAGAUUUUAAACUGUUUUUGUUUUAAUGGCUGUGGAAUAUUAUUGCCUUCUUUCAAAUAUAUGUUUUAAUCUUUGAUUUGUUUUUGUCAUUAUUUUAUUUUUCCUUCAUAAUGUAAUAAGAAUUGAUUUGAUUAGUAGGGAGUAUCUUUUCACAACUGAAUAUUGUGAGCAUGUUUUGUUCAAUAAUUGGAGCUCAGCAGUAGGAUUCCCUUACAUGGAUGGAUCAUGACUUGACACUCUUUCAAUGUGCAUGUUGUUGUACUGGGCUCAUCAUGAGUGUGUCAGAGACCAGGAGUAAUGACAUUGUUAAUCCCUCCUGCCUUGAUGUGUAUUGGUAUUGGUGACCACUAACAAACAAGAAUGUGGAGUGGGGAAGAUAAUAGACAUAUGUUAAAUCAAAUCCGAGAUGUGAUCACUCUGAUCGUGUAGUCAUAAGGUGCAUACCUGGGAAGUAAAUCUAAUCUGAUUUGUUUAGUAUAGUAGGGGAAAAGGAAAAUACAAUUUUAAUGCUCACAAUGUUCAUCGGGGUCUUGAUCACCUCUAUAACCAAGACCAUUCUCCCCUGAUUGUUUAGUUUAGUUGGGUGAUCAGCUCUAGGUUUUUCCAAUUUUUUUUUACAUUUAAAGACCACUAUAGGCACCCAGACCACUUUAGCUUAAUGAAGUAGUCUGGGUGCCAGGUCCAUCUAGGGUUAACCCUGCCUGCUGUAAACAUAUGCUAUGUUUACAUAUGGGUUAAUCCAGCCUCUAGUGGAUGUCUUAUUGACAGCCGCUAGAGGCGCUUCCGUGCUUCUCACUGUGAUUUUCACAGUGAAAAGACGCCAGCGUCCAUAGGAAAGCAUUGAGUAGUGCUUUCCUAUGGACUGAAUGAAUGCGUGCAGCUCUUGCAACGCAUGCACAUUCAGCCGAUGACGUCGGAAGGAGGAGGAGACUCCCCAGCACCGAGGGAGCCCGGCGCUGGGCUGAGCCCCACUUCAGCCCGGCAGGAGGGGGGCCAUGAGUGUGGGGGGACCUAUUAACACUAUAGUGCCAGGAAAAUAAGUUAUUCCAACUACCCCGAAAGGGCAUACUAUUUCUUAAAGAAGACACCCGAGGGUAUUUCAAAAGGCAUAUUUCGAACGUUAGUGUGAAAUCAUUUUUCCACUAGCUUGUAUCAAGUGUAGUGGUAAUAAGCAUUUUUUUUCUGCCUUUUUGACACACAGUGAGUUUGUGGUCCUUUAAGGAUUAUAGAGAAUGCUGUGCUCUUGGGAACCUUCAAUUCAAUUAAAAAAAAUAAAAAAUGGUAACCUUCCCCAAAUCUGUGCAUCGACACAAUCCUGUCUUUUGGGCUCUGCAGAGAGCUACUUGGCCCUCAAUUAGUAUUUAUAAACGGAUUUUUGCAAGUUGCAGCAAAUUCACAGCUAAUGUAAAACAUACAAGAACAAAAGAGGUUAGAAUUCACACAUAUUUGGUUGUUCUUAAGGUAAAGAACUUGGAACUGUAAAUGCUGCAUUAGAUAAGUAGAUGAUACAGACCAUAUUUAAAGAGAGUGCCUAAAUACGCUAAUCAGCCACAACAUUAAAACCACUGACAGGAGAAGUGAAAAACAUUGACUAUAUCAUUACUAUGGCACCUGUCAAGGGGUGGAAUGUAUUGGGUUAGGCAGCAAGUGAACAGUCAUUUCUUAAAUUUCAUGUGUUGGAAGCAGGAAAAUGGGCAGGCAAAAAGACUUUGACAAGGGCCAAAUAGUGCUGAAUAAACGACUGGGUAAGAGCACCUCCAAAAUGGCAACUCUACAGUGAUAAGUGCCUACCAUAAGUGGUGUAAGGAAGAUCGAUGAACUGGCAUCAGGGUCAUGGGUGCUUAAGGCUCAUUGAUGCACAUGGGGAGCUAAGACUAGCUUGUCUAGUCCAAUAACAGAAUAGCUACUGUAGCUUACCUUGCUGAAAAACUUAAUGCUGGCCACAACACACAACAGUAAGAUAGAACAUCUCAGUUUGCCUAUGGUACUGCAUAUCCAAAGAACUGUUAUAGUGCCCAUGAUUACGUUUAUCUUGUAGAGUCCAUGCUUCAACACAUCACUGCUGUUUUGGCAGCACGGGGGGGACCUAAACGAUAUGAUGCAGGUGGUUUUCAAGUAGUAGCUGGUCAAUGUAGAUCCAGUAUGGCAUUGAGGUUUAAAAUGUUGUUUUUCUCACAUUUCAUGUUUUUGCACAGAUGAAAUUUAGAAUGUUGAUUCCCACAGUUAUUCUCAAUAUCAUUGAUUAUAUAUUCAAUUUAUGCAGUGUGUAAAUGCCUAUAUUUUCACUUUCUCUUUUUAUUAAUUUUAUUUUAUUCCUUUAACAUAAGGGUUCAAUGCAGAGAAAUUGAUUUGGAUGCAGAACAAUAAAUCUCAUCGUGUCAGCAAGACACGAGUUUCACGAAUUGGUCUGUAUUUGACUGAUCAAUCGCAUUUUGUUCAUCACUGGACAGUUACAAAGGUAAACAUUUUCAGUAUCAAUUUAUCAUUGACUGUAGUAGCAUAGUUAAAGUAAGAUUUAUUUUUUAAUUAAGCAAUAAAAAAAAAAAAACCUUAACCUCUUAAGGACACAGCUUCAGAACACAACACAGGCAAUUUUUGCAUUUUUUGCUGUUUGUGUUCAACUGCAUUUUGCAUAUCUCUCAUUUAUUGUACCAACACAUAUUAUAUACCAUUUUUUUAGAUGACAGGGCUUUAAUUUUAUGUGACAUACAUCUAUAAAUUCUCAUUUAUUACAAGAAAAUGCAAAAUAAUAAGAUUUUCUUUCCAAGUUUUGGCAAUAAUAAUGUGUACAUAAUAUGUACAGCUUAGGAAAAGUAAUUCAAAAUAAAUUCAUUUGUGUCUUUACAGAGUUUAUAAUAUGUGUAGUAUUUCAGUUUAUUUUAAAAGUUACAGGUCACAAACUACAAGGACUAAAAUAAAAUUUCAAUGUGAAACAAUUUUAGAAGUUGGUAUGUUCGUCUUGGAAGUUUAAUACCCAUCACAGAAACAAAAUUGCUAUAAAAAGUAUAUAUUUAUAUAAAGUAGACAAGGCAUCACAUGCUAUUUACCUAUGGUUAUUUUGAUACUUUUUACAUUUCACCACCAAUCUCUGCUAAAUAUUGGUGUAAAAUUGUGUUUGGCAUAUACACAUAUAACAAGAUUUUUGUCAUGUAUAUUUCGUAAAGCUAGUGCGUGCUAUUUCUGUACAGAAACCCAAAUUGUGUUCAGCUACAUCUGCAGAGAACAAUAGCCCCGUUAUAUGCCUUUGUCACUAUUCUGUGAAGCUACAAUACCAUAUAGGAGACCAUGCUAUUUCAGUUUCUAUAGUUAGAAUGUUCAUAGAUGUUCCUAUGUCUGCUUUUGUGGCAUUAUAGCCGUUUGACUGUUCAAAUAACCCCACAAAGGCCUUCCAUUUGAGAAAGCAGAAACUCCAGGGUAUCUUAUUAGGCAUAUAUUAUACCUUAACUUGCCAAAACAUUUCGACAAUUUAUUUCACAUUUUGUGUUUUUUUUUGUUUUUUUUUUUACACAUACGUGUUGUACAUAUUAUAAGUGCCACUGUCAUAAACUCCCCCUAAGUACGCUCAAUUAACUCUUUGGAGUAAAGCAAUAUGCCCAAUGUAUGACCUAGAAACUUUUGUGAAGUUAAAGUGCUGUAAAAGAGACCUGUCAAUUUCAGAUUUUUAAGUGUGGAUUUUCAUAGAUGGUUUUGAUGGGUCCGUGUUCUAUUUUGAAAUAUUUUAGCUGCUUAUUCCAACUACCCCGAAAGGGCAUACUAUUUCUUAAAGAAGACACCCGAGGGUAUUUCAAAAGGCAUAUUUUGAACGUUAGUGUGAAAUCAUUUUUCCACUAGCUUGUAUCAAGUGUAGUGGUAAUAAGCAUUUUUUUCUGCCUUUUUGACACACACAGUGAGUUUGUACUGUAUAUUUUGCAAUCCUUAUGUGUGCUACAGCUAUAUAAUACUUCCUAUCUUGCUCAGCUAUGUCGCCUGAGCACAGCAAUAACCCCCAUAUGUACCUUUGCCAGGUAUAAGUGGACAUUGAAGGGGCACAUUUGAGACACAAACAUCUGUUUGUUUUUUUUAAACUUGGGAUUUUUACAGUGUCCAUAUCCCACUUUUUUUUUUCAUAUUUAAUAUUUUUAUUUGUGCAUAGCUGUUUUGACAUACAUUCUCGGGGUGCCCCAAUAGCAAUCCAUGAGUUUUAUGUUUAACAAUAGGAGCAGUAAGAAAAUGGCACAAUAUUUUUUUUUUUUUAAUAGCAAUUAACUAAUAGCGUAAUAGCAGGUUAAUUUUCUCAGACAAGUAAGCAGAAUAUGUAACUUGUCACCAUUGCCCUGAGCAGUGGGUUGGUGUCAGUGUAUAGCGAGAAGUGGCUAUAGAGGAGCCAUAGACAGAGAAAGGCAUAUAGGAGACAUGGAAAGUAAUGGAAAACAUUUUCCUUGCUAAUGACUGACUCAGCUGCUUCUCUCUUAUGUCAGCAGGCUUAUGUGACAGUCCCCUCCCCCCCCCCUCCCCCCGUGGGUCAACCAACUCCAGUCCUUAGCAGAAUGGAUUUCAUCCAUCGGGCGUUCUUCGCCUGUAUAGUGACCUCUUCAGCCCCAGGCUUGUUCGAGGGCCGGCAUCUGUGUACCACAGACCUGGUUUCUGCAGCAGUCCAAGUCUAUUCCCUGCCGGGAGUGAUCAGAGGGUCGAGGUGGUGUUCGCCGUGGGCGAUGAGGGGUAUGUAAGCCCCUUGUGGCUCUCAGCCUGGGAAGAUGAACUGUAGGUUUUGUGUGUUUUUUUUUUUGUUGAAGUGCCACCUUGAGUAGGUCUCCUCUCAGGCCGUUGCUUAAUUCCCGGCUCCUUUACGCUUGCUUGCCGCAGUAGCUUGGGCGCGGUGAUUUAAUCGGAGCCAGAAACGAUGGAAUAUGGCAUCCAGCUUCUUCGGGAUGUCUGCCAUGUGGUCUUUGGUGGUUGCUUGCUUGGGACUCAGAGUUUAAUUGCGAGGGAGUGGCAUCCACCAUUUUGCAGCGGCUGUAUUUUUGCUCAGCGGUCUUGUCUGAGUGGUGUUAGCUUAGUCGUUCUAGUAGGCUGUAAGUGGACUGGGUUGACCCCCACCAGUUAUGGUGGGGAGGGGUAGGAGUGCUGCGGUGCCAGACCCCGGGUAGUAGCGCGGUGGAUCGGCCGCCUCCCCCACUUCCUCAUCCCAGGUAGGCUGCAACAAAGCUCCCGGGCUCUCUGGGUGAGUGAGUGCUGGUUUGCUUUCGGGUUUUGCAAUCCCGGGUCCCCUGACCUUCGUUAUGUGGGUUGCUGUCCGUGGAAGCCCCAAUAUCAGGUAAAAUACCCCAAAAUCCAGCUUUGUUUCAGGAGCUCUGGCUUUCCACGUCUUGCCGGCUCAGAGGUCAGGCUCCGUCCCCCAUAUCCCACUUUUGAGUUGUUGUUUUUUUGUAGGUUGAUUAUUCCAACUACCCCACAAAGGCAUACCAUUUCUUAAAGAAGAAGGCCAACGGUAUUUCAAAAGGCAUAUUUUGAACCUUACCACAAAAUUUAUUUUUCCGUUAGCUUGUAUCAAGUGUAGUGGUAAUAAGCCUUUUUUUCUGUCUUUUUGACACACACACUGAGUUUGUAAUAUAUAUUUUGCAAAUCUUAUGUGCUACGGCAGUAUAAUACUUCAUAUGUUGCUCAGCUAUGUCAUCUGAGUACAGCAAUACCCCCGUAUGUACCUUUACCAGGUAUAUGAUGAUGUUGAAGGGGCACAUUUGGGACAGUCAUUUAAGUUUGAAUUUUUACGCUCGGUCAUUGCUCCACUUUGGAUUUUUUUUAGCAAGGUGUUUCAAAAGGCAUAUUUUAAACCUUAGCGUGGGAUAAUUUUUUUUGCUAGAUUUUACUAAGUGUACCAUCUUUUCCCCUUUAAAAAUUUUUUUUUACUUUUUCAAAGGUUUUUUUUUUAACUUUUUAAAACUUUUUACUGUUAACCCCUAACUAGCCUAACAGGAAAUCUCUUUCCCCCACUAACUUCUACCCACUCUGGCUAAAUAAAUAAUUUACAAAUAUUUAAGUAACUAAAUAAAUGUAAUCCCUGAGGGUUAAAAAAAACAAAAAAAAAAACAAAACCUCAUGGGUUAAAAGAAAAAAUCAGAUCACAGUGAAAUACUGUGAUCUUUUUUUUGAUCACUGCAGGGAAGGGGUUAAAUUUUACUGGGGAGGAGUGAGGGGAGGGAGGAUUUUACAACUAACUUUUUUUUUUUUUUUUUCUUUCUUCACAGUGAGAGACAGAUCAGCACUCCCAGUCAGAGUGAUCACAUGGGCUGUGAAACUGCUUGCUGUAGUGUGCCUCAGACAGGGAAGCACACUGCAGGAACAUUAAUUUUAGUAUUGGACAGAAAUUUUCCGUUCUGUGUCCUUAAGGGGUUAAUGUCACACACCUCUAUUUCCUUUGGUCAGACAUAUAUAAUCUGCUGAUGGUGACAUUUUAAGCUGGUAAUUAGUGUAAAAUGUGGAGGUGCAAUGACGUGUUAUUUUUACAUCUUUUUCCAUAUGUCCAAGCGGCAGCUACAACAAAUGGGUAGUUACCCAUUCCUCUCACACAAGACAGGUAACAUUGAAAAGGUUAAACUAAGAUUCUCCUAACCUUACUAAGGGCUACUCUACCCUCUGCUCUGUAGUGUAUACCUGUCCUAAGCAGAUGGUCAGGUAGCAGAAAUAUCUUGUUGACAAAAUAGGUUACGCUACUCACACUUUUGUGUUAUGGCCAGGCGUGGCAAAGGGGUUGCAACUCCUGGAAGGCUCCUCUUGGCUUUUGUGAAGGAUUGCCUGGUCUUUGAGCUUGUUCUUAUUUUGUUUCAGGUUGUGGAACAAACACCGGAUUCAUGUGUCCCACUCUUUUAUCUCAUCCGCCCAAUGUGCCAGAAGCUGGAAGAGUUAUAGGUGCAUCUGUAUGCACAGCUUGGGGACUAGGUAGAAUGGACAUCUGUGUAGUGGUGUUUUUUAAUUUAGAAAUUGCAGAGUACAAUGCUUACGUGACUGCCUGUUGCUAGGUUUGUAUCAGAAGCCUAAUGUCAGGAUAUUUAAACCCAGAUGUAACUAUCUGUGCUUGUGGUGUGUGUCAGAUUAGCCUCCAGUGUGCUCUCACCUCCAGCACACCCAAAGGUUUGAGGUAAGACAAGUGGCUUUUACCUUAAGUCUUUUUUAUUUAUUUCUUUAUUUUAGAUUGACUAACAGUUGGUAGUCUGGUGGGGGGAAAAGCACAUGCUUUUUUUCCCCCUUGGUUUCUGAGCAUAGGUAGGCAUAUAUCACGGUUAUAAGGCCUUUUGGCAUAUUUUCAUUUAUGCAAAUGCAUUCUAAAAAAGUCAUUGUUUUUUGUGCCGCUUCUUGAAUGUGGGAUUGUUUAGCAAAAUUUUUAAUCUGUAAGUAUCUGAAGAAAUCAGAUGGUAUAAGGUGUCUCCUCUGGCUUAAGGUAUCAAAGGGGAUUACCUCCGUGCCUUGGAAUAGGUGCCAUAGCCGCUGUAGGCCUGCCUGUUAUUGGUUCCUGAAAUCUCUGGCUGACAUUCCCGGGGUAAAUGCCCUGUUGCGAAGGUAGGGCAUGAGGGGAGAUGGGGUCGACACAGAGAAAUCCCAUAAUCUCAAUGAGUUGAGUAUUGUUGGGCAAGUUGCCCUGAUCAUGGGUCUAUGGUCUUUUGGUACCCAUAUGAGGAAUUGUGGUAAGUCUGCUCCCACCAUGAGGGAUUCUAGGUCUGCCCACCUCCUCUGGGAUAGAGUGCCACAUUGCUACUUGCGUCUGCUGAGCCGCUAGAUAAUAGAAGUAUAAAUUAGGUAGUCCCAACCCACCCCGUGUUUAGAAACAUAGAAUGUGAUGGCAGAUAAGAAUGAUUUGGCCCAUCUAGUCUGCCCAAUUUUUUAAAAUGCUUUCAUUAGUCCCUGGCCUUAUCUUAUAGCUAGGAUAUUCUUAUGCCUAUCCCAUGCAUGCUUAAACUCCUUUACUGUAUUAACCUCUACCACUUCAGCUGGAAAGCUAUUCCAUGCAUCCACUACCCUCUCAGUAAAGUAAUACUUCCUGAUAUUAUUUUUAAACCUUUGCCCCUCUAAUUUAAGACUGUCCUCUUGUUGUGGUAGUUUUUCUUCUUUUAAGUAUAGUCUACUCCUUUUCUGUGUUGAUUCCCUUUAUGUAUUUAAAUGUUUCUAUCAUAUCCCCCCGUCUCGUCUUUCCUCCAACCUAUACAUGUUAAGAUCCUUUAACCUUUCCUGGUAAGUUUUAUCCUUCAAUCCAUGAACCAGUUUAGUAGCCCUUCUCUUAAGUAUCAAUAUCCUUCUGGAGACACGGUCUCCAGUACGGCGUACAAUACUCCAAGUGAGGUCUCACCAGUGUUGUGUACAAUGGCAUGAGCACUUCCCUCUUUCUACUGCUAAUACCUCUCCUUAUACAACCAAGCAUUCUGCUAGCAUUUCCUGCUGCUCUAUUACAUUGUCUGCCCACCUUUAAGUCAUCAGAAAUAAUCAUCCCUAAAUCCCUUUCCUCAGAUGUUGAGGUUAGGACUCUAUCAAAUAUUCUGUACAAAUAUUCAGUUUCUAGCUGUCUCAAAGUGCCCUCCUCAGGGCGGCUUCGGUGUUGUUUUUCUAACGUUCUAAGUUCUGAAAGGAGUCUUUUUAAUCUGUGAAAUUUCUUUUUCUUUUUUUGCAGUUGCUAGUUUUAUUAGGGUGCCCCGUAUUACUGUCUUGUGGGCUGCCCAUAUUGUCUCUAAUCUUAGGUCAGGGGAGGCAUUUGUGUUAAUUUUUUCUUUUAUUAUUAUUAUAGAAUUUAGGAGCAGGUCUGUUCCGUGAGUUCUGGGUCUCGUAAUAACGAUGAAUUGUUUCCACGUCCAUGGGGACGCAGCACAUAGGUUCCCCAGGGUAAGGGUCACAUUUGCAUGGUCAGACCAUGAGAUGGAGCCAAUCGAUGAUCCUGUGAUUCGGGCUAAGCUACACUCGUUUUAUUCUGGAGUAUGUGCCAUGUGGGGCAGAAUAACACUUAUAGUCGACUGUGCUCGGAUGAUGUGCCCUCCAGACGUCCACCAGCCCCACGGUGGUCUUGAACCCAUGGAAAAGCUUGUCCUGUCCUCCCCCCCUUUCCUUGAGUUCUAGGUACCCCUUUGUGUCCACUUCUGUCUAUGAAGGGACAUGGUGCUGCAUUGAAGUCCCGCCCCCAGUAUGGUCAUUCCGUGUGGUAAAGCUUGGACCUUGGCCGUCAGUACGUCCCAGAACCAGGGGUCUGGAUGAUUCUGUGCAUACACAUUUAUUAGGCGAAACGUGUGUGAAAGUAAAGUGCUGAACACGAUGAUGUAGCAUCCAUCCAAAUCUAGUUCGGAAGACGUUAUUUUUAGUGGGCAGCUAUUCCGAAUCAGGUUUGCAACUCCAUUGCAUUUGCGGAGUGCUCGAGCUUCGUAUGACGUGUCGUAUGUGUGGUCCCUCAACCUGAAGCUAACAUGUUUGGGCAAGUGCGUCUCUUGUUUGAAGGCUACAUCUGACUUCAUCCUCUUCAGUUCUCUGCACAGAAGACGUCUCUUGAUAGGGGCGUUAAGUCCCUUCACAUUCAAUGAGUUGAAGCUUACAGCCAUAAUUCCUUUCUAAGUAUAGUUCUGUCAUGGGCGUCCACCCCCGCCCCCCAACCCACCCCAGUCCAAGUUGAAACGGAAAUAAAGUUGAGUAAGGAAAGCAGAGAUAGAAGAGAUUGAGAGGUAGAAGAGGUGCUCUAUUUGCGCGUCUAGAAGAGUUCAGAACUCGUCUGGUCUUACCGAUCGCCAGACCUGGUUGGGGUACAUUAGCUGGCACCUCUACCGCGCAUAGCGCCUGUACAAGAUGUGGGUCCAUGAACCUAAACCUUUUCCCGCUAUGGUGCAUUUGUUUUGGAUAUAUAUGGCGCUCAAAUUAGCUACUCAGGUAACGUUAUCUUAUAGAAAUUUGGAGAUAAGAAACAAAAACAACUCUAACAUGUAGAACAGUUAGGCUCACCACAGGUUCACUAUGUCCUAAGCUCUGUAUGCGUCUGCUUCGUCUCCGUCUGUAUAUCUAGGGAGGCAUAAGUGCCAUAUGGUGCAGUGUUUGUUAGGUAUUGGGUUUGAAGAAUCCUGCUGUAGGUGUGGGUGCCGUGGCUUCAGCUCUCUGCCUCCUGGGGGUUUACCCAUGUGGCCAUGGAGUUGCGUCACCUGGGGAUAGGGGAAACAGUUGCAAUGCAUUCUGGGGAGGGGGGGCUUUAUUUGUGGGUCCGUGCUCCAGUAUCCCUAGGAGGGACAAGAAUCGGGGUCAAAGUUGCGUGGCUUUGUGGUAUGACUAGGUAUUAACUGCUCAUUGCCUGGGACUGUAUGUUGUGCCCGUCAACCCGUAUGAGGAAACUUCUCCGUUUCCUUGUCACUGCCUAUUGUGUCUUUUGAUGGGGGGGUCACAGUCGUAACCCUGGGACAUCUCGGUUAGUAGUGGGGGUAUGGCAUGGGUCAUGGGUGGAAAUUCUAGCCAAAUUAUGUUGUUUUUUUUUUCUAGUUUGUAAAUCUGAAGUGUGGUUAGCAACUAAACCCUGUAUCUCUUUAAUUGUGAAACACUGUAGUAUUUUAUUGCAACAAUCUCCAUUUGAUAUAAAUUGAGCUGGUUGAUCUGAACAGUUCUAUAUUCUGUAAAAUUCUUAUUCUGUCAAAGAAAAAGUGAUUUUCACAUUGCGCACUAAUUUCUACUUUUAUUAAUUGAGACGUUUUCAUUAUAACAAUUAAAAGUUUUAUUAGUGGUAAGUUUGUUAUAUUUCUUUUGAAAGCAAACUCUCAAGCUGAGUUUUCCUUUUAUUAGUUGUUACAAUUCUGAUUACGCUGUCGACCAAUUUUUUUUUGGGUUGCAGUAUAUUUUGUUUCUGUGGCUUCAUUUUUUUUAAAGAAUAAGGUAUUAUCUCAUAGUUUUAUACCUGUGUCGUUCCAAAAUUAAUUCAGUUAGCAGUCCCAUCACAUUGGGAUGUAUACUUUGUAAUUCAGGGGCCAUAACCCAUUUGCUCCUGUAUUGUGGGUUCUCCAUAGCCAAGCGGCAGUCAUGAUUUCCCUCCCUUUCUUCUAUGGAUAAAAAUAAAUAAAAUGUAUCCUUCUAUUAGCUUGUCAUUUCCUGGGGGGGCUUAGGGUAGAGUUGUCCUUUAUAGGGCUAGGAAAGGAGACGACUGGGGGUGGGGACUGCAUUUUGUUUUUUUAACCUUGCUGCUUGUGCUGUGAGAGAGGAAUGGAUAACUACCAAUUUGUUUUGGCUGCCACUUGGACUAUGGAGAGAGAAAUGUACGGUAAGUAAAAUUUAGUUAUUUUUAUGACCAUGUUAGUUGUUGGAAAGUCUCAACAAAAAGAAGGGGGAAGCAGAAUCUUAGCUGGAUUUGUAGCUGUUGAAUUUAAUCUUUCAUGGUCCAUUGUAAACUCAGCUACUCUUUUCAACAGUUAUAUGUAAUUUAGUGAUGUUUUUGUCUAGAUCUUCCUUUUUCUUCAAAUUAUGUUUUGCAAACUUUUGUUUACUUAUUUUAACAGGCUGUGUGCCACAGUUUGUCCUCAUUGAGAGCGAGGCGUCAGUGUUUUGAAAUCCUUCAGAAUGCGAUUAAUAACAAUCUGGUAAGGUUUUCAUAUAGCUGUCACUUUUUUUUUUUUUACAUUCUUUAUUUUCAAGGUGCAUAGUGAUCACAAAGCAAGCACGAGUCAAGACCAUAGAACAUAGACUGAAACAGAUAUGUGGUAACACAUGGUAUACGCAGGAAAUAAAUACAAUUUUUUUUUUUUUUUUUUUAAAUACAUAACUUGUGCACAAGGAGCAAGAGAGUAUUACUGACCUGAAGUAAGCCAUUUAGUGGGUAGUGGUCCCUAGUAAAUAUUUCUAAGAUACGUUCCCCAUGCUAAUUCUGAUGUUUUGAGGGAGCUUAAAAUCUUGGGGUAACAUAUGAAGCUCUGUCACAUUUUUAAAACGAUAUUCAUUUUUUUGUUUAUUUAAAUUUUGAAUCAAGGGAUGCGUUGCCCUUGAGGAAUAUUUGUCUGAAAGAGAAAAAUGUGUGUUGAACAGAUGUGUUUUGGUAGGUGCCUUCUGGUGAAAGUUUCCUCAAAAAUAUUCUUUGAGGAGUGUCGCUCUAUAUGGGUGGGAGAGGUGUGUGCAUGAUUAGGUUAUACCUGGUUCAUAUUCGGAAGGGUCUGAAACCUCAUAUAAUAAGUGAUGAGAUAAGGAGUGGUUUCUUUGUUAAACAAAAACAAAUAUUUAAACUCUCACUCCCAAUGCCUGGAAUGAACCUUAAAAGAAUGGAAAAGGGUUUAUUACCAAACUUGUUAACCCUCAGUGUGAUUGUUUAUAUUGGAAUAAAGCAAUUGUGGAGAAAUAAGAAAAAUAUAUUUUAUAUAUAUAUAUAUAAAUUUUAUUUUUUAUAUAUAUAUAUGCGUGUGUACUUUUUUAUUUUAUAAUAUAUUAUUUAUUUUGUUUAAUUCCAUAGAGUGGAUUGGUGGUAAUCCCAGACAGCACUGCUGGAUCAGUUGUAUGUGCCAUAAAUACACUUCAUGAUCCCUGUUGCAUUCCUAAUGAUAGUUUGAAUAAAUUCUUAGCCUCCAGCUGUUACAGCAUAUUCAACUUCCUGCUGACAAAAGAAAAAGAUGUUGAGCAUAUGCCCAAAAGGUAACUGCCUACAAUUGUUGUUUCUAGACAUGCAUCUAUUUAAUCAUUCUUAGAGAACCAGUGACGCAUAAAAAGAAUCACAUGUUAAAGGAACACUCCAGACACAUAAAACACUUAAGUUUGUUGAAGUGAUUUAUGUGUCUAGAGUCUUUAUGUUGUUAAUAGUUUUUAAAAGUGCUGAAUUUCAGUAGAACCUGCACUUUUAUAACUGAAAGCAGUAACACCAGCUCAGAUGUCAAAGCACGCUGGAAUCGAGAGCUCUCGCCUUUAUCCUCUUUUCAAUGAGCACUACUUCAGCUCUUUUAGGAACAUUGGAAAGCAAUGUGCACACUUGAGGAGAAGUCUCUGGUCAAUUUUCCGGCACAGAGUUUUGGGAAAAGAGGAAGGGGGUCUUGCUUUUUUUCAUAUACCUUAAGAAAACAUGCAGAAUUAUGUCCGGCACUGCAGUCUAAGACUUGGAGGCCUGUCUAAAUUGGAGGACUCACCUACCCUCCUUCACUCUAUCCUGACAGAGGUAUUAAUGUCCUGCUCCACUGGGAUCACCUUAAAGCGGCACUGUCAUGCUGAACUUACCCUUCUUUAAUCGAUUCUUCUUCUCUCCCUCUCUCAGGAUCAUUUCUUCAUGUCUGCUCUAGUUUUCUUUAAAGCAUAAGACAAAGUAGGGACGACUUUGUCUUAUGGAGGUUUCUUACACCUGACCAGCGGAGGAGCAAAGUGUGCUUCAUUUCCGGUGGUCAGAGCAAUUUUCCCACAAUCCUCACCUUUGAUCCCGCGACGCUUCCUGUCAGUAUUCCCCAACAUCCUAUCACUUAGACAGAACGCCGGCGAAACUAUAGAAUGUCGUCCUAACAGAAUGCGAACAGUUUUUCCAUUCAUGUUAGGACACAAUUCGAGACUUUGUUUGGAUGAAUGGAACUCCGAUCCUAUUCAUGCCGUGGCUGCAUCUUGAGCUAUAGAGCUUCUAUUACAUAUCAAAUAGUAAUAUAUGAAACCUAAUUUAAUGUGAAAAAAUUAAGAAAUGUUUUUUAAAUGUGAAUGUCAUAAUACUGUUGGCUUUUCCUGCAAUAAAACCAAUGCCACCAAUGUACAGGUUUCAUGGUGUUUUGGAAAGUCGCAGGGUCAAUUUUUGGACUUGCCCAUUUCAAUUUUUACACAUUGAAAUUUGCUAGAUUGGUUUGCUGGUCCAGUUUUUUUUUUUUUUUUAGUAGACAUUGUCACAAACCUUGGCCAAAGUUAGUGUUCAUAUUGAGUUUUGCAUUUUUCACACACACACUGCACUUUAACCGACAUGGUUGUCAUUAUAGGUUUUAUUGCUCUAAAAUACUCAUUUGUGUUCAGUGAUGUCUGAUGAAUUUAACAGUAUUUAACAGUAACAGUAAAACAGUGUCAUGUUUUAUUUAACAGAAAUAAAGCCAAAAUGGAGAAACCAUGUCUGAAAAACUAAGUACACCCUUACUGCUUCCAUAGGAAUUAAGAGUCUAGGUAGCAGACAGGUGCUGCUAAUCAAAUGCCCUUUCUUAAAGGGACACUCCAGGCACCCAGACCACUUCUGCCCAACUGGUCUGGGUGCCAACUCCACUACCCUUAACCCUGCAACUGUAAUUAUUGCAGUUUUUAUAAACUGCAAUAAUUACCUUGCAGGGUUAACUCCUCCUCUAGUGCCUACUAGACAGCCAGCUAGAGGGCACAUCCUGAUUCAUAGCACAGGUUUUCUGUGCUAUAGCGUCGCUGGACGUCCUCACGCAAGAAGCAGCGGCGAGAGACAUUGUCGCUGCCUCUGGUAAGUCACUGAAGGGGUUUUGACCGGGGGUGGGAGGUGGGAGGGAGAGGGGACCUGCAGUGCCAGGAAAACUAAUUGUUUUCCUGGCACUGGAGUGUCCCUUUAAUCAACAAGUGUGACCACCUCUAUAAAAGCCUAUGUUUUAGCAGUUUGCUGGUCUGGGACAUUCAGAUGUGUGUUAACACAAUGCCAAGGAGGAAAGACAUCAGCAAUGAUCUCAGAAAAGCAAUUGUUGCUGCCCAUCAAACUGGGAAGGAUUAUAAGGCAAUUUCCAAGCAAUUUAAAUUUCAUUCUACAGUGAGAAAGAUUUUCAAAAGUGGAAAACAUUCAAGACCAUUGCCAAUCUUGUCAACGUCCCAGUAAAUUCUCUCCAAGAUCAGACCGCGCAGUGUUCAGAGAAAUGUCAAAAAAAAUUCAAAAGUUACAUCUCCGACUCUACAGGCCCCAUUUAGCAUGUUAAAUGUUAAAGUUCAUGAGAGUACAAUCAGGGCUGGUGCAAGGAUUGUUGCGGCGCCCCUCCUCCCCCUCAUAUGCUCUUCACAUGAUGUGACAUCACAAUGCCCCACUCAUACGAUCUGACUAUUUCAUGAUAGUACCAUUUUCAAUAUUUACAUUAAUCAAAAUUAUUAUAUGUUGCGAUUAAGCCUAUUUACAAUAGUAAAUAAUUACUUGCCAUUGCUAAAGAAACAAGCUACUGUGGUUCUGGUGCCUAUGGUCUCCCUUUAAGGACCAAAUAGCCAAACUUUCAACUGGCUGAAUAGGGAUGUUUUCUUCCAUUUGGAUUUGUGAAACUCACUUUGAUUUCACAAAGAUUCACACUUUUAUGAAUAAACCUGUUAACAAUUUAGCUCAAAAUGUAAAUUUCACUAAAGAGACGUUUCAAGCACCAUUACCACUACAAUGCACAGUGGUGACCCCCUCCUCCCUCUGAUGUAAGUAGUUAAACUAUUUUAGAACUGUUUGACUCCUUACCUGGCCCUGCUUUCACUACAUCAGCUAAAGAGCCAAAAGAUCUCUGCCUUAGCUGAGCCUGAGAACGUCAGUUGAUGUAGUGGUGGUGGGGAUCAGCUUAAAGACCUGUAUCCCUAACAGUAGUGCAAAAAUAACUAUUUAGAUGUCGGGCCCCCCCUCUCCAUUUUGAUGAUCUCAGCAAAUCCAAUGCUUUCUUACAAGAAAACAUUAGGAGGCUAUUACGCAUGUGCGGCAAAUCACUACACCAAUCAGCAUCUCCUCAUAGAGCUGAAUUGAAUCAAUGCAUCUCUAAGGUGAACGUUUAGCUGCUCCAUGCAGAGUGUGGAGACGCUGAGCAUCAGUGCUCCACAGUGCAGUACUGACCCAGGAAGCACAUCAGUGGCUCAGGCAGCAAUGUUUACAUUGCUGAGCCUGCAGGGACAGGUUCUAUUCAACAGAACUACUACAUUAAGCUGUAGUGGUUCUGGUGACACUAGUGUCACUUUGUGUGGCGAGUUAGAGAUUAGUGCACUAAUACUAUACUAGAUUGCCUGCUUACCACCAGAUGAGGACGAGAUGAUGAUGAUCUCUGGCUGCAGUCUGGCUCCUUGGUCUGGUGAAGAGCAGGCUCUCUGGAGGCUGCUUGCAGCUGCUCACCAAAACCAAUGCCCUGGGGAAACCGGAAGCAGCUUAAUUUGCACCUCCUUGGCUGUCCCAUACCCCCUGAACAAACCACAACAAAACUCCUGGAACAAUGUCCUUCGGACAGGCAUGAUCAAAGUGGAGAUGUUUGGCCAUAAUACACAGUGGCAGGCUUGGCAAAAACCAAACACCGCAUAUGAGCACAAACACCUCAUACCAACUGUCCAGCAUGGUGGUGUGAUGAUUGAGCUUGUUUUGGGGUCAUGGGACUUCGGAACCUUUCAGUCAUUAAGUCAGCCAUUAACUCCUCUGUAUACAAAGUAUUGCAGAGUUAAAUGUUAGGCCAAAUUUGGUCACACAACAGGACAAUAAUCCCAAGCGCAGCAGCAAAUCUACAACAAAAUGGCUGAAAAAGAAAAGAAUCAAGGUGAAAUUCUGUGGAGGGACCCUAAGAUAGCUGUGCAUAAACAAAUGCCAGCAUAGCUCCAUGAACUGAAGCAACGUUUUUAAGAACAGUGGGCCAAAAUUCCCCAACAACGAUGAGAGAGACUGAUAGUGAUACAGAAAAUGAUAACUUAAAGUUAUUGCUGCUAUAGGUAAUUCUACAAGCUAUUGAAUCCUCAUUGAAUGGCAUCUCCAUUUUGGCUUUAUUUUUGUUAAAUAUUUCUGAGGUUGUAUUUACCUAGUUUUUAGACUUGAUAAGGAACAGAUCAUUAUGUCCAGAUAUCUAAAAUCAUAGCAUUCAAAGGGUAUUCUUCUUUGUUUCCAAUGACUGUAAAAGAGGAUAGAGUUAUAUAAUCUUUCUUGGUGUUUUGGAAGAAAGAAACACUUCAAUGGAAAUGUCUUAAUUUUUUUUAAAACCGUUUAGUAGACCCAAAGAAAACAUACAUGCGUUUAUUUUUGCAUAUUUUCUUUGGGGGUACUUGCAAAACCUUCAGAUGUGUUGUCUGCUGCUUUUGCAAGCUCUUUCCCUUUUCCACUGUACAGACUUCCAAUCAGUACUGGGAAAUACUCCAAUCAGAGGUUUCUCACUGGGAAACCUCUGUGCAUCCCUUAGCUCUGUGGAGUAAAUGGAUGCAGAAAAAAAUCCUCAGUCUAUUAUUUUCUAUUGAAAUUGGCACUUUUAUAAACUAUCACAAAUGUAGCACUCCAGACACAUCAAGUUCUACAGCAAGAUGAAGUGCUUUAUGUGUAAGAAGACUAACUUGAACAAAUUCCAAUUAUAAAAACCUAAAACUCUUUAAAGAAGUACACUACUCCUUUUUGCAGAUAUGUGUGUGGAAAAAAAAAAAAAAGUGCAAAACCUCUUAUAGUCAAAUAGUGCUCAGGUAAGGCUUAUAUAUAUAUUUAUUUAUUUUAUUUUUUUCCCCAGAGAUUCAUUGUGGGGAACUUGCAUAUCUUUACUAUCUAUGCUUCCUAAUGUCCUGAAGCUGAUGUUGCAAAGUCUCCAAGUUAGCAGGGCCUGUCAGGAGGAACUGCCUAUUAUUGCUCAAUUACUUCGUCUCCUUUUGCAAAACACGCAGCUUAGAAGUCACAUGAUGACCAAUGCUUUUCUUGUCCAGCAAACUCUCCAAGAUGUUAUGGUAUGUAAAAAUGUUUUUCCCUUUCUUUAUUAUCAUAGUAAGUGUAUACUUUUAUUUGUCACAUAACAGAAAUAGAACAUUAAUCAUUCAAUAAUAAGAGUUAUGUGGAACUUUAUAACAACAUUUAGAGCAGGGCUUCCCAAACUUUUAUGGUCCAAGACCCACUUUCUUUUAAUGCAUAUUUUAAAAAAUUAACACCAAGGCAAUCGGCUUUAGAGGCAUACAAUUGGCACACCAUGUCAAUCCGCUUUAGAGGCAUAUAAUUGGCACAUCAUGGCAAUCAUUUUUAGAGCCAUACAAUUGGCACACUAUGGCAAUCAGUUUUAUAAGAAUAAAAGUGGCACACCAUGGCAAUCAGAUUUAAAAGCAUACAAUUGGCACACCAUGGCAAUCUGUUUUAGAGACAUACAAUUGGAACAUCAUGGCAACUUUAGAUGCAGAAAGUUGGCACACCAUGGCAAUCCGCUUGAGAUGCAUAAAAUUAGCACACCACGGCAAUCAGUUUUAGAUGCAUACACUUGGCACAUCAUGGCAACUUUAGUUUCAUAAAAUUUGCACACCAUGGCAAGCAGUUAUAGAGGCAUACAGCUGGAACAUCAUGGCAGCUUUAGAUGCAUAAACUUGGCACACAAUGGCAAUCACUUGUAGAUGCAUAAACAUGGCACAUUGUGGCAACUUUAGAUGCAUAAGAUUGGCACACCAUGGCAAUCUGCUUUAAAGGGCAUAAACUAGGCAUAUCAUGGCACUCUGUUUUAGAUUCAUAUAACUGGCAAACCGUGGCAAUCGGCUUUAGAUGCAUAAGAUUGGCAAAUCAUGGCCGUUUUAGAGGUAGAAACUUGGCAUAUCAUGCCAAUCGGUUUUAGAGGCAUACAGUUUUUUUAGUUCCCCCCACUCCAACCCCAGACUUUAUAUUUCAGACUGGGCCCCUAAAAACAGCAUUGAUUAACUACACCCAGUACUCACACGCAACGAGGCCCUGCAGAAUCUUCUAAGCAGAGGUAUCCUCUCUGGAAAGCUGCCCACCCUAACCCAUGUCCAUUACUAUACUUAUAGAUAGUGCAGAUCAGUUGGUUUUGAAAACACCCCGAUCAAGUCACUAAACCUCUCCUCAUGUGAAAUCAUUCUGUUUACAAACUGCACCCUUAACCAUUGUUUAAUCACUCAUCGGUGUGUGUGUGUGUGUGUGUGUAUACAGUUGCAAGAAAAAGUAUGUGAACCCUUUGGAAUGAUAUGGAUUUCUGCACAAAUUGGUCAUAAAAUGUGAUCUGAUCAUCAUCAUCUAAGUCACAACAAUAGACAAUCACAGUCUGCUUAAACUAAUAACACACAAAGAAUUAAAUGUUGCCAUGUUUUUAUUGAGCACACCAUGUAAACCUUCACAGUGCAGGUGGAAAAAGUAUGUGAACCCUGGGAGAGUAUGUGAACUCCAUGGGAGAGCUGGAGUGUAUUCCUUACCUGUCCAGUGUGGCUGCUGGUUGUGCAGGCAGGGGGCGCACAGGCUGAGUAGGCGGGUCAAAUCUGACGAAAAUCGUGAGGGUGCGAGGCCCCUCUCAUCUGCCUAGGGAGAGAGCCAGCACAGUCUGCAGCUCACACCCGGCGGACUGGAUAGAAAGACCACCAGACCACCAGGGAAACAAAGAUAUUAUUAACCCCCUCUCUGUCACUCCCUCCCUCAGUAACUGUUAUCUGUCACUCCCUCACUCUGUCACCCCCUCACUCUGUCACCCCCUCACUCUGUCACCCUCUGUCACUCGGUCACCCCCUCCCUUUUCUUGGGGAAAAAAAGUAGUUUUCGUUUUCUGUUCCGACCUUGGAUUUUCAUUUCGGUGCAUCCCUAAAUAAAAACAAAUCACAAUUAACCCUUCUCAGAAAAACAGACUGAAUUUGAAACAUAUAGCUUUGUUCUUAUGCUUGUGCAUUAACCCCUUAAGGAUGGAGGCGAUUCUGAACCAUAAUGAAACCUUUAGCUCUUGGUUUGUUCAACUAUAAUUUAACCCUUUCCCGCCGGUUAACGGACCAGUUCCGUCAUGCGGUAAAGUUAACCCCAGAUCGCGGCGAUCGCUGGGUUAAUGCUCCUCCGGUCUGCCUCUGUAUUAGAGGCAGACUGGGAGCACCGGAUCACGCUGUCCCUGAAGCAAUGAUCGCUCUGACAGGCUGUCAGUGCAAGCACAUGUGCUGCAGGGACUCAUGAUCCACUUCCCUGCUCUUCCGUGUUCUGUGUGAAGUGCAGGGAGACUGAUCACUGCUGAUCUGCUUCCCCUGUAAAAAAAAAAAAAAAAAAUAGUUUAAAAUCCCACCCCCCUUUACCCAUUUUACAUAAAAAAAUAACCCCUUCCCUGCCAAUUGAUCACUGACUUCAGUGAUCAAUUGGCAGGGGCUACAUUUUACUGUGAUCUGUUUUUUUUUGUUUUAACCCCUGAGGGUCAAAUUGUAUUUUUGUAACCCUCGGGGGUUAAUUUUAUUAAUUAAUUUAAAUCUUAAAAUGAUAUAUUUAGCUAGCUGGGGUAGGUGGAAGUUAGUGGGGAGUUGGGGAAUUUGGUGUUAGGCUAGCUAGGGGUUAAUGUUAAUGUUAAAAAAACUUUACCCAGUCCUAAUAAAAACUAACCCCUUCCCUGACAAUUGAUCAUUACCUACAAUGAUCAAAAUACAGAUCACAGUAUUAUACUGUUAUCCGAUUUAUUUAUUUUUUAAAUCCCUUAGGGUUAAUUUUUAUUUAUUUUAUUUAUUCAUUAAUUUAAAUAUUUUAAAAUUAUAUAUUUUGCUAGCUGGGGUGGGUGGGAGUUAGUGGAAAUUGGGUAAUUUACGGUUAGUGCUGCU